CCUGCCUGUAUCCCCAGCUCUGUCUAUCCUCCUUCCCUACCUCCAGCCAAUCAGCAGCCAGCGAUCCUUCAUGGGUGGUUGCCAUGGAUACGGUGGGCCGAGCGCUGAGGCCUAGGCCGUGACUGACGCAGCCCAGCCCGGAUCAAUGGGAAGCGGCUUCUGUCACUCUCCCACCGGGUCACCGAGCUGGCAGGAGGGCCCCCCUCAGCCCAGCCCUGUAGGAGACAGGCCGGGAGAGCGCCGGCACCCCACCGCCCCCCUGACCUUCCAUGGACGGCAGUGACUGAGCAGGAGCCCGGGAGAGACCGCAGGCCGCCGCCGCUGGCAUGGCCGGGAACUGCAACAGCUUCAACCCGGGCACCGGGGAGAUCAUCCAGCUCAAUGUCGGGGGGACCAGGUAUACCGGGCCGGCUGCUCUGCUCCAAAUAAAAACUUUCAUAUCAUAGGAAGGGAUGGGGACUGGCCUGUGGGACCCCAGCUGUUAUAAACUACAUUUCCCAUAAUGCCCUCCCUGUCAGUAUAUCAGAGCUCUAUAUGGGAGCUCUCCAAAUAAACACUUUAAUAUCAUAGGAAGGAAUGGGGACUGGCCUGUGGGACCCCAGCUGUUAUAAACUACAUUUCCCAUAAUGCCCUCCCUGUCAGUAUAUCAGGGCUCUAUAUGGGAGCUCUCCAAAUAAACACUUUAAUAUCAUAGGAAGGAAUGGGGACUGGCCUGUGGGACCCCCAGCUGUUAUAAACUACAUUUCCCAUAAUGCCCUCCCUGUCAGUAUAUCAGGGCUCUAUAUGGGAGCUCUCCAAAUAAACACUUUAAUAUCAUAGGAAGGAAUGGGGACUGGCCUGUGGGACCCCAGCUGUUAUAAACUACAUUUCCCAUAAUGCCCUCCCUGUCAGUAUAUCAGGGCUAUAUAUAGGAGCUCUCCAAAUAAACACUUUAAUAUCAUAGGAAGGAAUGGGGACUAGCCUGUGGGACCCCAGCUGUUAUAAACUACAUUUCCCAUAAUGCCCUCCCUGUCAGUAUAUCAGGGCUCUAUAUGGGAGCUCUCCAAAUAAACACUUUAAUAUCAUAGGAAGGAAUGGGGACUGGCCUGUGGGACCCCAGCUGUUAUAAACUACAUUUCCCAUAAUGCCCUCCCUGUCAGUAUAUCAGGGCUCUAUAUAGGAGCUCUCCAAAUAAACACUUUAAUAUCAUAGGAAGGAAUGGGGACUGGCCUGUGGGACCCCAGCUGUUAUAAACUACAUUUCCCAUAAUGCCCUCCCUGUCAGUAUAUCAGGGCUCUAUAUAGGAGCUCUCCAAAUAAACACUUUAAUAUCAUAGGAAGGAAUGGGGACUAGCCUGUGGGACCCCAGCUGUUAUAAACUACAUUUCCCAUAAUGCCCUCCCUGUCAGUAUAUCAGGGCUCUAUAUGGGAGCUCUCCAAAUAAACACUUUAAUAUCGCAGGAAGGAAUGGGGACUGGCCUUUGGGACCCCCAGCUGUUAUAAACUACAUUUCCCAUAAUGCUCUCCCUGUCAGUAUAUCAGGGCUCUAUAUGGGAGCUCUCCAAAUAAACACUUUAAUAUCAUAGGAAGGAAUGGGGACUGGCCUGUGGGACCCCAGCUGUUAUAAACUACAUUUCCCAUAAUGCCCUCCCUGUCAGUAUAUCAGGGCUCUAUAUAGGAGCUCUCCAAAUAAACACUUUAAUAUCAUAGGAAGGAAUGGGGACUAGCCUGUGGGACCCCAGCUGUUAUAAACUACAUUUCCCAUAAUGCCCUCCCUGUCAGUAUAUCAGGGCUCUAUAUGGGAGCUCUCCAAAUAAACACUUUAAUAUCGCAGGAAGGAAUGGGGACUGGCCUUUGGGACCCCCAGCUGUUAUAAACUACAUUUCCCAUAAUGCUCUCCCUGUCAGUAUAUCAGGGCUCUAUAUGGGAGCUCUCCAAAUAAACACUUUAAUAUCAUAGGAAGGAAUGGGGACUGGCCUGUGGGACCCCAGCUGUUAUAAACUACAUUUCCCAUAAUGCCCUCCCUGUCAGUAUAUCAGGGCUCUAUAUGGGAGCUCUCCAAAUAAACACUUUAAUAUCAUAGGAAGGAAUGGGGACUGGCCUGUGAGACCCCCAGCUGUUAUAAACUACAUUUCCCAUAAUGCCCUCCCUGUCAGUAUAUCAGAGCUCUAUAUGGGAGUUCUCCAAAUAAACACUUUUAUAUCAUAGGAAGGAAUGGGGACUGGCCUGUGGGACCCCCAGCUGUUAUAAACUACAUUUCCCAGAAUGUGCUCCCUGUCAGUAUAUCAGGGCUCUAUAUGGGAGCUCUCCAAAUAAACACUUUUAUAUCAUAGGAAGGAAUGGGGACUGGCCUGUGGGACCCCCAGCUGUUAUAAACUACAUUUCCCAUAAUGCCCUCCCUGUCAGUAUAUCAGGGCUCUAUAUGGGAGCUCUCCAAAUAAACACUUUAAUAUCAUAGGAAGGAAUGGGGACUGGCCUGUGGGACCCCAGCUGUUAUAAACUACAUUUCCCAUAAUGCCCUCCCUGUCAGUAUAUCAGGGCUCUAUAUGGGAGCUCUCCAAAUAAACACUUUAAUAUCAUAGGAAGGAAUGGGGACUGGCCUGUGGGACCCCAGCUGUUAUAAACUACAUUUCCCAUAAUGCCCUCCCUGUCAGUAUAUCAGGGCUUUAUAUGGGAGCUCUCCAAAUAAACACUUUAAUAUCAUAGGAAGGAAUGGGGACUGGCCUGUGGGACCCCAGCUGUUAUAAACUACAUUUCCCGUAAUGCCCUCCCUGUCAGUAUAUCAGGGCUCUUUAUGGGAGCUCUCCAAAUAAACACUUUAAUAUCAUAAGAAAGGAUGGGGACUGGCCUGUGAGACCCCAGCUGUUAUAAACUACAUUUCCUAUAAUUCCCUCCCUGUCAGUAUAUCAGGGCUCUUUAUGGGAGCUCUCCAAAUAAACACUUUUUAAUAUCAUAGGAAGGAAUGGGGACUGGCCUGUGGGACCCCAGCUGUUAUAAACUACAUUUCCCAUAAUGCCCUCCCUGUCAGUAUAUCAGGGCUAUAUAUAGGAGCUCUCCAAAUAAACACUUUAAUAUCAUAGGAAGGAAUGGGGACUAGCCUGUGGGACCCCAGCUGUUAUAAACUACAUUUCCCAUAAUGCCCUCCCUGUCAGUAUAUCAGGGCUCUAUAUGGGAGCUCUCCAAAUAAACACUUUAAUAUCACAGGAAUGGAUGGGGACUGGCCUGUGUGACCCCCAGCUGUUAUAAACUGCAUUUCCUUUAAUGCCCUCCCUGUCAGUAUAUCAGGGCUCUAUAUGGGAGCUCUCCAAAUAAACACUUUAAUAUCAUAGGAAGAAAUGGGAACUGGCCUGUGGGACCCCCAGCUGUUAUAAACUACAUUUCCCAUAAUGCCCUCCCUGUCUGUAUAUCAGGGCUCUAUAUGGGAGCUCUCCAAAUAAACACUUUAAUAUCAUAGGAAGGAAUGGGGACUGGCCCAUAGGACCACAGCUGUUAUAAACUACAUUUCCGAUUAAUGCCCUCCUUGUCAGUAUAUCAGGGCUCUAUAUGGGAGCUCUCCAAAUAAACACUUUAAUAUCAUAGGAAGGAAUGGGGACUGGCCUGUGGGACCCCCAGCUGUUAUAAACUACAUUUCCCAUAAUGCCCUCCCUGUCAGUAUAUCAGGGCUCUAUAUGGGAGCUCUCCAAAUAAACACUUUAAUAUCAUAGGAAGGAAUGGGGACUGGCCUUUGGGACCCCAGCUGUUAUAAACUACAUUUCCCUGAUGCCCAGCCUUCCAAAGUGGAAGAGUGAAGGGCACUCUAUUAGUCCUUCCUGACUUAGAGAUUUUACUGUGUUUUAGCAUUUUAGUUAUGGUUUGGUUAUCAUGCUCCAUAUUUUAAAAUUAAGAGGUUUAUGUUACCAAUCAGAACACAUAAUGCUCAGAGUUCGGUUGAAUGGUAAUUGCUUUAGCAUUUGUAUGGCUAAAUAUUACAGGGUGUGUAGUUCUUAGUAUCCAUAGUGUUAAAGGGGACCUGUCAUGCCCCAAAUAACAUAUGUUCAUACGAUUCUGUCUAUACAUUGUGCUGGCAGUUUUGCUAGCAAAUGUAUAGAUUAGGAGAAAAACAUAUUUAAAAAUAGGUUUAUAUGUGUCUUGCAGAACAUAUGGGGGGAAGAAAUUAGUGUGUAACAGCUGGGGUGCUAAAAGGAAGGAAUCUCUACUUCAUAGUAGUUGAUAUGGCAAACAUUAAGGUGAAGGAAUUCCGCGGACAGCUGGGGUGCCAAGUGACAUUACAUCAGAGCAACAGGAUGGCCAUUCUAUAAAUUUUUAGGGACUUAUCAUAUGGGGCAGAAAUAAUUUCAAUGCAGUUCAUAAGGAUAACAUUCCAUCACUGCUGAAUAAAUCUGUUUCUACUGCUAUUUAUUGUUUGUACUGAGCCACUACUGGCAGUGUAAGAGAGGGCCUGCCAUCUAUCCACCUUGUCUGGGGUUAGCAUGCUGUAAAUUCUGUUGCCAGACACAGAAGUUGCACAAAAUUGAUGUUAAGGGAGUUUACUAGUGGGCUGAUUGACAACCCAGAGAAGUGUUCAAACACAUAGAGAAGAAAAUGAUUUGGUUAAGCGAUGUGGACUUUGUAUUGCCUGAUGUCCGAAACAUGUAUUUCAGGCGCUGGGCAUCCAUAUUUAUUUAUUUUUAACCGUUAGCUCUGCCACAGGCAAGCAGCAGGACUGCUAUACAGAGACAAGUUCAUGGUAGGGAGUGUGAUGCCUGCACCUCUAGUGGGCGCAGACCUCGGUAAUCGCUCUUUCCUGGCUCUUUCUUAUGAGUCUGAGUGCAGCUUCCAGGAUUCCCAGCAUGCUUUCUGACUGACAGCAAACUGCAAAGGAACUAUUCCUGAAAUCUGCACUCGCCAGGGCUGCAGACCUCUCUUUACCAUUUAGACUGCCAGGGAAUAUGACACCCAGCAGGACAACCAGGGAGCCUGGAAAAUCCACCAGGAAAGCUAAGCAGGAGCGGGCAACCAAAAGAGAGUACCCAUACACUACAUAUAGUUAGCACACAACACAAAUGCACACUAUAUGCAGCCAGCACAAACCACACACGUUACAUACGACAAGCGCACCACAAACACAUUACAUGCUUUUAGUACACACCGUAUACAUUUCAUAAAGCCAGCAUACACCACACACUCUACACACAUCACAUGCAGUUAGUACACACUGUAUGCAUUUCAUACAGCCAGCAUACACCGCACACAUUACACACAUCACGUGCAGUUAGUACACACUGUAUGCAUUUCAUACAGCCAGCAUACACCACACACUCUACACACAUCACAUGCAGUUAGUACACACUGUAUGCAUUUCAUACAGCCAGCAUACACCGCACACAUUACACACAUCACAUGCAGUUAGUACACACUGUAUGCAUUUCAUACAGCCAGCAUACACCGCACACACUACACACAUCACAUGCAGUUAGUACACACUGUGUGCAUUUCAUACAACCAGCAUACACUGCACACACUAUGCACAUUACAUGCGGCCUCACACACCACACACAUUACAACCAGCUGACACCCACCAAACAUAUACACAAUAAAGAAGGACAGAGGGAAAGACUCCAAACUUCAAAAGCUUAGUGUCUCUUUAUUGGCAUUUGCAAUAAAAGGGAGUGUCUGGGAUACACAUUCAAGAUAAACAAGUGUAAUAUACACUGUCUGAUUUUGCUCUCCUUUAAUUGCUUGCAGAACUUUGCUCUCUAUCUGAACAUUACUAUCAGAGUGAAACUAUAAUGAUUCAUAACAAUGCAGGACAAGGCUCAAUACCAUAUGCCACACCUCCCAACAUGAGACCCAUGGAAUGAGGACAGGGUGAACCACAUCAAUAGUAAUGCCCAUAAUGGGCCUGCCUGGUAAAGAGCCAGCCUUUAGGACCAUGCUGAAGCAAAUGCUCCCAUAUACUUAUGCAUGCAUAAUGGUUCAUUCUAUUCACAAAAGGCAUAUAAAUUUCAGCCCUGUUUGCACAAACCGCCAAAUUGCAACCAAAUCACUUUCAGUGGUUUGAUUUAAUUCCAUUGAUGUGGGCCAGGGUAGUUGCACCUGCAGCCUUUUGCAUAUCCUAGCUAUACACUCUCUCAGAAUUUCUCCAACUUACUACAUCCUUAGCCUCUCUCCCUCCCACCUCCGAGUACUUAACUUUCAAAAACUUCUCAUUGAGCUGCAUUGCGAAGCCUGUGAUAGGACAUGCACAGAAAGUCUGGGUUGGGGAAAAAGGGGAAGGGUUUGCAAAGGCUGCAGACAAGAUAUCUGCAGCUUUUGCAAGCUAUUUUUAUAUAGACUCCCAAUGAAUAAAUGCAUAUUUGAAUGCAUGCAUGUUUUCAUUUUCACUUUCAUUUCAUUUUCUCUUCUUUUUUUUUUUUUUUGAGCAGAGGUGUCCCUUUAAGUAAUUCAGAGUUUUUAACUAAAGUCUGAAUGUUCCUUGUUUGGAUUAACAAAAUUAAUCACUGCAAAACAAAUAGUCUCAUAUGUGAGUUUGAUGUUUUUAGCUUAUAUCACAUAUCAUUUUUUUUGUUUUAAAUUUCUCUUUAUUGAAAUAAUUUUUCCUUUAUACACACAUUUAUAUAAUCUUAGUUUACAUUGAUUUGAAAAAAUCCAGAUACAUAAACCAUAAAACAUAUAAUUAAAAGCAAUAUUAUUAUUUUUAUUUCUUGUCUCCUUCUGUGUCUCAUGGAAUACUGACUCUAUAAGGGCCAGUGUAUAUGAUAUAUUGUUUAACUAGCACGCUACUCUCUUUUGAGGUGUGGACACCAUAAAUCUCAUUGCUUAUAUACUCAUUGUUAAAUCUAUUAUAGUGUGAAGCCCCUAGUGGCUUUGUGACCGGAGCUAGUGGUGUAGGGAUUGCAAAAUGUAUUGUCUUGAGCCAAUAUAAACUCUACUUUUCUCAUUUAUCUACAAAUGUCCAGGACAUAGUAUUGCAUUAGAAUGAUUUAGUCGUGUAUAUAAAGGAACACAAGUAGAGUCAAGAGUUCAAAUUCAGUAGAAGUUUUGAAAGUUGUUUAUUUUUUUACAUUUAUUGCUCCAAGCAAUAAUUAUUUUAUAGUACACAUUUACUUUAUUUAAAAAGUGAUGCCAAUUUUGUAAAAUUCCAACCUUUGUGUAACCAAGAAAGUGUAGAAAUACUCCAGAAUUGUUGUGUUAGUAUUAAGCAUCCUGCUGCAGUCUGUGUCUAAACAACAAUUUUAUUUUGUGUUUUUUCAGGUUCAGUACAUCAAGGCAAACACUAAUGUGGAUUCCCGACUCUUUCUUUUCCAGGUUAGUUAAACUGCAUGACUAUUUUUUACAUUGUUGAGAUGGGGUGCUAUUAAAAAAAUAAGUUACAAAGUCACUCACUAUAGUGAGAAUUCAACAGGAUUUUCAUAUUAAAGGGACACUAUAGUCACCAGAACAACUACAGCUUAUUGGAUUUGUUCUGGUGAGUAGAAUACUUACCUUCAGGAUUUUUGCUGUAAACACUGUCUUUUCAGAGAAAAUGCAGUGUUUACAUUACAGCCUAGUGAUAACUUCACUGGCCACUCCUCAGAUGUCUGUUAGAGAUCCUUCCUGGGUCAUGGCUGCCUAAAAUGCAUCCAAACAUUCAGUGUCUCCUCCCUCUGCAUGGAGACACUGAACUUUUCUCAUAGAGAUUCAUUGAUUCAGUUCAUCUCUAUGAGGAGAUGCUGAUUGGCCAUUGCUGUGUUUGAAUUGUGCUGGCUCUGCCCCUUUUGCAAGCUGUUUUUAUACAGACUCCCAAUGAAAAAAAAUGCAUAUUUGUCAGUCUCAGCCAAUCCCAUGGGGACGCAUUAUGAUUGGAUCAGGCCACCACUUCUGAUGAUGUCAGCAGACAGCUUGUUUUUCUGAGGCAAACGGCAUGCAGAGUUACAGCUUCAGUCUUGAAUACAAGUAAGAUUUUACUAUUUUUAGGGAGGCAUAAUGGGGACCAGGGUGGCUAGAUUGUGGUUUUAACCCUAUAGGGUCAGGAAUACAUGUUUGUGUUCUUGACCCUAUAGUGCUCCUUUAAAUAUGCUUCAGUUUCGCUACUUGGGACUACAAUUUAAAAUUCACUUUGAAUUCACACUUCAGUGAAAAACACAUGAGUCUUCUUAUAAUUUAUCAAUUUUUAAAAAAUUUUUUUUUAUUAAACAGUGAAUUAUAAUCAAUUUAAAAUAAAUUGGAAAGGGUAGGCCAAAAUAUUGAGUUGGAAAUUUUUUAUUCAGAUGAUGUAUUUAGUUAGUGUUAAGCAACGUGUCUGUAUCGGUUUACCAAAAUCCACUUACAAGUGGAUAAAACAUAGAUAUUUAUUCACUAAAUAUUGAAUGGUAGUGAAUUUAAAACAUAAUUGCAAAAAUAACUGGUUUGUAAAAAUUCUCCACCAUCGCUAUAGCUACUGCAUAAAGGAAGACUGUAGUAUGAGAAACACAAAUGUGUAUUCCUGACACUAUAGUGCUUAAAGGGAUACUAUAAGUGCCAAGAAAACAAAGCUGUAUUCAUGGCACUAAAGCUCCUUCUGCCCCCCGCCCAGGUGAAGAAAAGAUUUAAAAACCCUUAAUUACUUACCUGAUCCCAGAACUGAUGUCACUCGGUGCUGGGUUCGUGACUCCGCCUCCUCUGGCAUCCCGCGACGAGUAAACCUCCCCAUAGGAAAGGAUUGAAUCAGUGCUUUCCUAUGGGGAAAAAAAUCAGAGGCUGGAUUUCGUCAUGCAGAGCGUGAGGACGUCCAGCAUCAGAUACUGGACCAUAAGUCCAUUACUAUCCAGAAGCGCCUCCAGUGGCCAUCUGGGAGACAGCCACUGGAGGCAGACUUAGUGCUGCAAUGUAAACACUGCAGUUUCUCUGGAAAUUGCAGCACUAGGUGCAAUAGGGACACUGCACCCAGACCACUUCAAUGAGCUGAAGUGGUCUGGGAGCCCAUAGUGCCUCUUUAACUGUUUAGCUUCCCUGCUUCCCACCGAUCACAUGGGACAAUUCUCUCUAAGUGGUGCUUAGUUAGACUCCACUCUUUUGUCAAAUUUGUCAAGCGCUGGAAAAAUACAUAAGACAAAGUAGUCCCUUCUUUGUGUUAUGUUUUAAAUUGAAAUAGUUCAGAAAAUAAGAACAGAUUGGGAAAGAGGAAGAGGAAACAAUAGGAGAAAGGUAUGUUUUAGGUGACAGUCACUUUAAAAACUGACUGCUUCAUUGUUACUGUGUAACUGUAUAUAUCUGCUAUAUAAAGUGUAUUUAUAGUUGCACUGUAUCUCUUCUAUUGUAUGUGUACUAUUGUAUUAGUCUGUGCUCCCCAGGACAUACUUGAAAAUAAGAGAAAUAUCAAUGUACCGUAUAUACUUGAGUAGAAGCCGAGUUUUUCGGCACAUUUUUUGUGCUGAAAAAGCCCUCCUCGGCUUAUACUCGAGUCACUGUCUGUAUUAUGGCAACUUACAUUGCCAUAAAACAGACCAGGACCGCCGGGCUUAUAAUGGGGGCCGGAGCAAGCUGUUGCUUACCUUACUCCCCCGUUCAGCUCACAGUGUAAGUCUCGCGAGACCCGGGGCACGCAGACCGCGAGACUUACACUGGGAGCUGAACGGGGAAGCUGAACGGAGGUGAUCGGAGCUGCUAAAAAAAGGUAAGUAACAGCUUGCUCCCAGCCCCCACUGCACAGCCAAUGCCACUUGACCACCAGGGAAUGAGAGAGCCCCCCUCACUGGCCAGGUAACAAGCAGGGGUGGGGGGGUGGGCUAAAAAAUAAAAUGAAACAAAUAAUUAUAAUAAUAAAUUAUUUUAAAAAUAUUAAAAUAAUAAAAAUGCCCUCCCCCCACCCAGUUUACACACACACACACACACACACACACACACACACUACACUACACUACACACACACACUCUGCAUUAUAUACACACACACACACUCUGCAUUAUAUACACACAGAGUGAUGAUAUUUUGCCCUCAAUACAUAAUUGAUAUUUUUCCAUCUUUAAUAUUACUACUGUUAGAGUAUCCUUAGAAAAUCUAAUAUAUGUGUAUUAUGAUACUAAAGAUUUUGAAUGUAAACGUACAAUAUUAAAAUUGGUGUGCAUAUUAUCUAAUUCAAAUUUUAAAUUUUUGCAGUCUGCUAAGUGGAAGAAUUUCAACACUACGGGAUGAAACUGGAGCUGUAAGUUUUUGUUUUUACCAGUAUUGAUAUCUUGUAUGAUACCUAGAGUUAAUAUUUCUGGCAUGAUUGGAUAAGUGACUUCUCUGUUGUGCGAGGUGGUCCUUUCAAUGGCUAAGUUUCACCUACAUAGUUUUCCCUAAAGUGCUUAUGGUGCUUAUAGUAACUCAUUAAUAAUGAGUGAAUGUAAAGGUAAACUAUAGUCACCAGAACCACAGCCUAAUGUUGUUCUGGUGUCUACAGCAUGUCGCUGAGAAAAGGCAAUGUUUACAAUACUGCCCAGGAACACCUCUUGUGACAGUCACUCAGACAGCCACCAGAGGUGCUUCCUGGGUCAGUGCUGCAGUUUUCAGCACUGACAUUUAGGAUUUCCACCCUCUGCAUGGAGAUGCUGAACGCUCCCCAUAGAGAUGCAUUGAUUCAAUGCAUCUCUAUGGGAAAAUGCUGACUGGCACAGCACUGCAUUUUGCCACGCAUGCACAAUAACCUCCCAAUGCUUUCCUAUGGUAAAUUGGUUGAGAUCGUCAAAUUUGAUGAUCUCAGCCAAGGAGGCGGGGCGGGGCGGGGCCAGCUGUGACAAGACCGGUGUUAUGCUGGAAAUAAGGUGAGUAAAAUCACCUUGUUAAUUGGGGUCAGCCACGAAACAGCUUUUUUAGGACUUUAGUGUCAGGAAUACAUGUUUGUAUUCCUGACACUAUAGUGUUCCUUUGAAGGGAUUUCCUUUUGUUUAGUAUCACUCUAUCCAUAGAAGGAUUCUUUAUUACAAGCUACCGUUAGGUUGCAUUGGAAUUGCGGUUUUAUUCAUGCCUUUGGAUAUAGUAAAAAAACCAAAAAAAACUACACACACAAAUCAAAGAAUCCUUACUCCAAAUUAUACUGGAAUUAAAGUUUAUUCACUUGCAAAACUGAACUGGCCAUGUUUUGACCUUUUGGGAGGUAUUUGUGGAGCCCUCGUCAGUAUUAUAAGUUGAAUAUACUCCAUUACCAGCACAGUUCGGACUAAGGAUUCUUUCAUUUGUUUACUACAAUUUGGGAACCUAAAGGUGGAGGCCUCCUGACCGUCCAGGAUUAGUAAGUACAUCUUCCGUGUUAUUUCGCUUUUAGAGAUGGCAAAACCUUAAUAUUGGUUUAUUUCCAACAUUCCUGCUUCGACUUUUCCCAUCAGCCAUUCGGAGUGAUGGCUAUUAAAAAUGGCAUCCUCUUGCAUGGCAUUUUUUUGGCAUAAACACAAAAAUGAUCUGUAAAGACUUUUACCAGAUCUUCCAUAAGAUACGAAGAACUUGACUUUUUUAAAUAUAUGAGAGAAAUGUAUAUGUGACAUGGCUUCUGGCUUGCCAAGAAACAAAAAAAUAAUAAUAAUGUAACACUGAGAGAGGAAGAAGUCCCUACUUCCUCCUCCUUUUCCUACCUUGCUGUCCCAUUCAGUGGGCAUUGUAAGUACACAGACUCAUCUUUAAGCCAAUUUUUUUUUAAUAUUUUGUAACCGUCACUUGUUAUAGUGACAGAGAGAGGGAUCUUAACUGAUCAUUUCUCCUCUCUCCACUACCUUCUUUAUUGGUUUUUAGAACCUAGAGGUUUAAUCUAACAGGAACUGUGUCUCUAGUGUACUGUCAUACAUGUGCAAAAGUAAAAAAAAUAGCGGUGUAUGCAAAAGUGCAGGAUCCUAAGUAAAUGCUGCAGCGCAGUGAGGGGCAGUGCCAUAGAUAUUUAAUGUACAAAAAGUAUAAAGCCAUUUCACAUCAGCUCAUCAGCUGUCAGACAGCAGUGACAACUGUUAAAGUUCCAGCAUUUUUUUUGCCGUGUUUUGUUAAAAAAAUCAUCUUGUUCAUAAUACAAAGUAAUCCUUAAUUUUUCUUAUAUUUUUUUUUUUGCUUUAUAUGUCAGUGUAAUGCUAAAGCUUUCUUUCAGGUUUUUCAGAAAAAAAUUUUUUGUGAAAAUCUCACAAAUGACACUGCUGCUUUAAUAUAAUGUGCAGGACAAACAUGGCUUUGAAAGGCGAAAAUAAAUCAAAAGUCUAAAUUUUAAAUCAAAAUCUGUUUCCGGUGGUGGUAGUUUCUGUUUCCCUCACAUGGUAAACUGACAUGUUGCAAGGUGAGAGGCAAAUUUAAGUUGCACCUCCAGUGCAUUCCAGUCAUUAUGCUACAUGUCCUUUUUCAGGUGCUGUCAUGCAUCUUCCUGGACUCCCUGCAUACGCAGUCACAGGCCACAUACAGACAAGUAUUGGACCUUUUACCCAUUUAUUGGGUGUCUAGAUAUGACUGCUCCCUACUAAAAAAAAAAACCAAAGCAUAAAAGCACAGCUUAUUGUAAUGCACCAUCACUUUCAAAGUAAUUCCUCUUUCAGGCUAAUUUUUUCGCUCUCUAAUGUUUUUAAUUGGGAAUAAUCUUGUGCAUAUUCACAAAUAGAACUUUUUAUUGUAGAUUAUUGAAGGAUUGUGUACGUUCUAGAAUUACACAUUUCAGUCUUUCAGAAGCCAAAGAACAGAUGGUUUUUGAAUGCUAGUGCUGACUAAUCAAAAUGUAUCCCAUCAGAUUUUUAGUAAGGCUUUAUAAUUGGUUAUCUGAGUCUAUUGUAUAAUCUGUUUCAUCAUACUGCUUGGUUUUAUUGUCUACUGCACCAUCUAGUGGUAAUUGUAAACAUUUCUGCUUGAAGGUAAAAUGUUCUAAAUUACUGUCAUUGUACGUAUAUCCUUUGGUAGAAAUGAGAGAACUAUAUAAACCAGAGUUCGUUUUAUGAACCCUUACAAUGCAUAUUCUUUUUAUUAUGGGUUUUACAAUGGGAUAUGCUUGAUAGAAGCAGGUUUCCUCUCUCAUCUUUCCACUGCCCUCCUUUUCCACAUAUUUUAUUUUCCAUACAUUUUACUAGCCAUCAUGCAUGGUAUUACUUGCCUUCUGUCCUAUUGUGCUUCCAUUUUAUUUUACUCCCUGUCCUCUGGAUUGUAAGCUUUUUUCAGUAUUGCCUUUUACUCUAUAUAUUUCUGAUGAAACUAAUGUAUCUGUUUUUUUUUAUAUCCCAAAUGCAAAACUGUAAAAUGCUGUUGAAUAUUGGCACUAUAUAAAUAAAAAUGAUUGACUAAUAAUGAUUUUGCAUAAUUUAUCAAAAUAAGUUGAUUCAUAUUGGAGAACUUUCACUGUAAUUAGAUGAACCUCUCUCUGCUAUCAGCAAUAGUAUCUUUAAACAAACUGGCUUGUGAUUGCUUCUGACUUUGAUUGCUGAUACAUGCUGAAAGAGUGCAUGCACCUCUAUGCUGUGCACAGGCAUCAUAGGCUAGCCAUCACUGCUAUAGACCCAAUGUAAUGUUUGGUACAUAAGCUCCAUUGAAUCUCCCAUUACAUAAAACCGACAAACAAUAUAGUUUAGCAAAUCUUAUGCAUCAGUGAAAUACAAUGUUACAUAGCAAUGGAGAAAUAUCAACCUGCUUUUAAUUGGUAUUAAAGAAUUAACAUUACUUAUCUUGAUAUGUUACUUUUUUAUAUGCAACUCAAUAAAAAAAAUAUAUAAUUUCAACAUUUAUUCUCUUUGUGUUUUUUUGGGGGGCUAUGAAAUAAUAGAAUUUAGGUUCACUCUGGGCUCAACAAAUCCCAGGCAGCAGCAAUGCAAUGUUAAUCUCUUGCAAUGGCAACUAGAACUUUUGUCGUUGCACGUGGGUGUUUGUCAGCAUUUUCAACACUGGCCACCUCCUUAGUUGGGGGGCAGUGAGCAGUGGAGGCAGGUGGCAGGGGAGCAGUAAUCUUCCUGCUCCUCUUGCUCUGCUCCCUCACGUGCCCUGCUGUGAUACUGGGGUAUGAUGCUAUUCCGGCAUCUCUAAACAAUGAGCAAGGUAGCAGAGCAGGAAGAGCUUGAAGAUGACUGGAUCAGAUCCACUCCAACUCUCCCAAAGGCAAGGAGGCUGGGUGGACUUAAAUUAAAAAAAUAUUUGUGUGUAUGUUUGUGUCUGUCAGUAAAUAUGUGCGAGAAUUCAUGCUUUCAUUCUAAAAAUACAAGGCAAGUUCAUGGCCACAAAAAGCCAAGUGAAAAAACUUAUACAUUGCAUAAAACAUCUGGUGUGUCACAUCAGAAUAUAUUUAUUAUCUUAAUAAUAAGUUAAAUGCCUAUGACGUUUGGUUCUAGUCUUUUUUAUGUGUACAUUUAUAGGAACACAAAAGUGUCAGGACUACAAACCUGUAUUCCUGCACUAUAAUGUUAAACUAAUUAUUUAGGUGUUUUUACUUACCUUUUUUUUUUUUUUUCAUGUCGUGCCUAUCUUGCCACGGGUGGCCCCGGCCCAUGGCCGAGAUCCUCAGUCUUGAUGAUCUCAGCCAAACCAAUGCUUUCUCAUAGGAAAGCAUUGGGAGGCUCUGGUGCAUGCAUGGCAAAACGCCACGCUGCACCAGUCCACAGAGAUGUACUAAAAUGAAUGCAUCACUAUGGAGAAUGUUCAGCGCCUCCGUGCAGAGCGUGGAGACGCUGCACACUGUGCAGUACUGACUAGGAAGCAUCUCUAGUGGUUGCGAGAGUUACUACCACUAGAGGUAUUACUAGGCAGCAAUAUAAAAGCCUGCAGGGAGAGGGUAUAGACACCACAAUCACUAAAUUAAGCUGUAGUGGUUCUGGUGACUAUAGUGUUUUUGUUGUUGAAAAUAAAGCGAUGUUAAAAAGAAAAUAGUCUCCUAACUUUUUUUAGCUGCCUCCUAGAUUCAAAGCAAAUUUGUCAAGUCCUUGUUUAAGUAACAGAGUCUAAUUUUCUAAUUAAAUAUUCGUGCUCUUGAUCAUCUUUAAUGUAAUCCUAUUGUAGAUAUGGCCUAUCUCAAAUUCAUAUUUAUGCCUCAUACUCACUUCCUGCGACAAAACUGACAUAGUGCUUCCAUUCUGCAGUGUAAUGAUAAAAAAAAGAAAAAAAUCUUUACGGGGCAAUAAUGAUUUGGAAAUAUAUUGCAUUUUACUUAAGGUUUUAAGUGUUUUUUCAUGAAUAUGUUAAGAGGUCUAUUAAGUUUAAUUGGCUCUAUAAAAUGCAUAUUCAAGAAAACGUAAGUGGAAGUUUAUUGGUGAUGGGGAAAUGGGACGUGUGUUUUUGGAAUUAACACUUCUACCAGUAAGUUCUUGCUAUUUAUUUUACUGUAAUUCUUCUUGUGGUCAUUUUUAUUUAUUUAUUUUAACAGAUAUUUAUUGAUCGAGAUCCAACUGCUUUUGCACCAAUUUUAAACUUUCUCCGAACAAAGGAGCUUGAUUUAAGGUAAGGGGAAAAAAAAUCUUCUUUCUGUAUUAUGUUCAUUUAAAAUUCUUUGACCGUUGUUUUUCCAUAUUUUAAAAUGGUAUAUGGCAAAUUGGAAAGCAGGGUUUAAAAUAGGAAAAUAAGAAAAAGAAAACUGUAGACAAAAAGGGAUUUUGUUUUUUUGUUUUUUUGUUGUUUUUUAUUUUUUCAAAUUGAACUUUAGAGGUUAAUCAACUUACCUAGCAGGUGUUAAUAAACCCCUUUUUUGUCCAUGAAAAACAUUUGAUGAUACAAAAGUCAUCCAAUCCUUAGUGGGGAAGGAUUGGACUGUUUCGACAGUGAAAUAAAAGUAAGGAUUAGUGCGAUGUCUACGUUUAACAGAUAAGGGGGGACCAUUCAUUUUAACAGAUGACCUAAGAUAGUCAAUUGUAAAAGAAUUGACUGACAAGUGUUCUAAAAAAAGAAAAAAGGUGGGAUAGUUAAUAUAAAAUAUUUACACAGUAAGACAAACACUACGUAGGCUUUACAAUACAUAAAAAGUGUGUUUUAGGCACCUACUAAAGGGCAGAGUUGCCAUUAUAUACGCAUAUUAACCACUCGAAGUGCAUACAAUGUCAUUUCCAACCUGACCUCUCUAUUUAUAAAGUGGAUAUAACACAUAUUGUUACCUUGAAGAUAUUAAAAUGUUAAGCGGAAAAAAAAAAUGUAAGUCUAUUGUGUAGUAAAUUUUAUACUAUCAAAUAUAUUAAACAAAAAAAAAUGAAAAUCUCUCGCAGACAGGCAGCACAAUGAAAAUUGUGCAAACGUGUAUUUGAACUCUGCUCUCAAAACUUUUGGCACACUCUCAGGUUAUAAACUAAACCUUACAAAUGCCUCGGCAAUGCGAGCAUGGCACUCAUUAAGUCUACCUAUCCCAUCUGGUUUACUAUGGAGUCAUUUAAAAACCUGGGAAUUUACAUAACAGCCGGGCCUAACACACUAUAUGAAAAUAAUGACUCUCCUGAGCCCUGUUCAGAGACCUAGACAUAUGGGUGGACAAGCCAUAUCUCCUGAAUAGGUGGUAAAAAUGAUUAUCGCCCCCCUCACAUUGGUCUUUCUACUUCAGCUUUUGCCAGUUCUGUCAAAACAAAAGGAACAGGGUUGCCUGUUGGAUUUUAUACCAGCCUAGACAGGCAGGUGGGCUGGGGCUACCUCAUCUAUAUAUCUUUUACCUAUCUGCCCAGUUGACCCAAAUAGUCAUGUGGCAUUCCCCUCCAGAUCAAAGGAAGCAAGUAGUUCUGGAGUCGCUACUCGCAGCUUUCUGAUCUCCCUCUAUUUUACAUAAGUGUACCAAGGGGACAGACACCAGUACUACACACCAAUUGUACAGCAGUCCUAAACUCCCUUCGCAUUUUGGACCCCACUUCGGAGCAAAGUUCUCCUUGACCUCCGCUCCGACCCCGUACCUAAGACACAAGCCUUUUCUCCUGGCAUUAACCCUAAAGACUUCAGGGACCUGGAUUAUGCCUAACUGCAAAUGUGGUUACUUAUCGUAAAACAACUACUUCAUACAACAAAGGGUAAGAAUGUCCUUAAGAGAUCACUUCAGAUCUAUUCAAUUAAGAGACUUCGCUGCUCGUAGCAACACGAAACAAGCUACCCAGAUUUCCCUAACGAUAUUCGAAAGUCUAUGCACAUAGGAAGCCCCCCAAAAUGGGUUGAUCUCCAAGAUCUACACACACCUCUACACUUAAUAAAACGAUUAGGGCAUACUCUUAUACGCUGAACUGUGGGAACAAGACCUGAAUUAGACAUUGGGGGGCGAGGGGGUGGGCUGGAGGGGUAUGGGAGGCAAACUCUAAAUCCUCCAUCUGUGUUACGUUGCAGGAACAAUUAUUUAAAACCCUGUUCUGCUGGUACACCACACCUGUUAAAUUAUUUAAUAUGCGGAAGGCUGAGUCUUGACGAUGGAGGUGUUGUGGACACAGGAACAUUUAUCAUCACAUGUGGUGGUCAUGUCUGGUAGUGGCAUCAUUCUGGGAAGGAAUGAGAUCUCUUACAUCCCGCAUCCUCCAGAGAACAGUCCACUUGAAUCCUUGGAAAUUCAUUCUAUCCAAACCUUCAAAUUGAUUCAGCUUUCACAAGCAUAAACUCAUGAAUAGAAUCAUGUAGGCGUCUCACAGAUCUCUCGCUCAGUAUUGGCUGAAAGAUGAGAUACCUCCGCUUGAGAGAGUGAAACAUAAAAAUUUCUCUUACCUCACCUCUUCUUUCUUUAGUUUCUCUUCACCUGACCCUCCCUUUCCAUUCUCAUGGAAAAGCCUUGAUACUUUUUCCUCUUAUACUUGGGAUACCGCCUACACAUAGUUCAAAGGAAUACUGUGGCCCACUCCUAAAAGUGCAGCAAGAAUGAAAGCCAUAGCUUAAAUAGAAUCUAGCAGUAGUCUAAAUUAACUAUGGUAUGCAACACUACUUGAUACAUACAUGACACACCCCAACUGGGCAGAGCGCCUUACAGUCCCUUCUGUGGGUACCCACUUCCGAGUUUGGGGCUCCAUGUCUUUGGACAGUGGUACCUAACGCUAUUUCUCUGAUCCCAUACACUUAGUUUGCUUUGUGUAUUGACAAUAUUUUGGGCUGAUACCCCUGUUUUGAUUUAUGUAAAAUAACGCUGCUCUACCACUGGUAUUAUGUUUAUGACUCUGUAUUCUUUCGUUUUAGGGGCGUCAGUUUGAAUGUUCUACGUCACGAAGCAGAAUUUUAUGGAAUCACUCCUUUGGGUAACUUAUGUGUACAUUGACGCCCAACUUUGUAAAUGUCCUGAUAAUAAAAAAUGGAAACUAGAAACUAGAACAUUUUUCUAUAAUGCAUAGUGUGAAUUUCUGUUCUAUUUUUGCUACAUAAAAUGCAUUUCUACUUAUAGGGAAGUAAAUAGAUUUUCACAAUAUAUCUUCAUUGUAUGUAUAUGUGCAAUAUGAGCAGUGCAUGCAGCCUACCAUAAAAAGGAAUUUACGGAAACAUUUGUUGAUUCCCACUUUAAUUGCCCCAAUUUGAAGCCUCUUCUGUAAGCAACACAUUUCUAAAGUGUACAGAGCUACGUUUGUGACACAAGUAUAUUUUUACAAAAGUUGAACUGUUUGGGAUAAUUGUCUGGUAUAUUUUGAUUUAACAGUCCUGUGUAUAUUUUUAUAGUAAGAAGAUUGCUACUUUGUGAGGAGCUUGAGAGGUCAUCAUGUGGCAGCGUCUUAUUUCAUGGAUACCUACCCCCACCAGGUAACAUUUUUGUAAGAAAGAAAUGAAAGAACACUGUCCAUAAAAAAGACAAAAAAAACAAGCAAACUGUGGUUCAAUUUAAAGGGACAAUCUAAGCACCAAUUCAACUUUAGCUUAAUGCAGCAGCUGUGGAGUAUGGAUUAUGUCCCUACAGUCAUACUACUCAGUUCUAUGCCAUUUCGUAGUCAGAACAUUUUAGCUUAAUGUUGCGGUUUGAGUGUAUAGAUCAUGCCUCACUGCUCAAUUCUUUUCCAUUUAGUAGUUAAUUCACUUUUGUUUCUGUUUAUGCAGCCCUAGCCACACCUGCCUUGGCUGUGACUCACACAGCCUGCAUAAAAAAAGGUUUCAUUUUUUAUCAAAAGUUAACUUGCUUUAAACGUUUUUAUCUCCUGCUCUGUAAAUUGAACUUUAAUCACACACAUACAAGAGCCUCCUGCAGGGUCUGGAAGGCUAUUAGCAGAGAAGGAGAUAAGGAAUUCUAAAUUAAAUGGAAUGUAUAAUAAAUGAAAUUUAAACCUUAGAUCUCUCUCUGCAAUAAAUGUUUAGGAAGGCUGUGCAAGUCACAUGCAGGGAGGUUUGACUAGAACUAUAUAAAUGAAGUGAUUUAACUCCUAAAUGACAGAGAAUAUAGCAGUGAGAGUGAAUAUACACCAAAACCACUUCAUUAUGCAAAGUAUGUUUUGGUGCCUAUAGAGUCCCUUUAAAUCACUUUUGUUUUUGUUUAUGUAGCCCUAGCCACACCUUCCCUGGCCAUGACACAGCUUCCAUUAAAAAAAUGUUUUAAUUUUGAAUUCAAAAUUGAAUCCAAGAAAAGUGUCCGUGUGGUCCUUUUGCUGCUCCCUGUAUGUCCUAGCCGCAUGUCCUUUUCAUUUUAAUAAAAUUAAUAAAUUCUGAAAUUUGGAUUGAGCCUUCUUUUGUAUGGAGAAGAGACAGCAAAACAGCUUUAUGUAUAGUAAUUAUAUUUAAACAAAACUUAUUUUAAAAACGGAAUAUUUGAACUGGACCUAAAUCAAAGUUUUGAUUUAGCUGUUCUUUUAUUGUGGUAUGUUUUAGAAUCCCUAGAUAAAAUCAUGUAAUGCAUUCUAUUAGUUGCAUCUCAAAUAAGUGUAGGUUCAUGUGUGCCAUUGCAGGGACUACCUUUCACACCAGUUUCAGUCCUGUUUUUUUGUACUUUUUUUUUUCUGAUCCGUUAGAUUUCCAACAAUAUAUAUUUUUAUAAAGUCCUAUCAUUCAAACAGUUUAUUUACACUCUAUCUCCAGCUAUUCCCAGUCGUAAAUUGAUGUGUGACCCUUUGCCAGAUGGUAAUGCAGGGCCAACACUCUGUGAAGGAACUGCCCAAGGAACUGCUGUACAGCCAACACUUGUAGCUGCAGAAGGAGUAGUUAGACUUGGUAAGGGCUUUGUUCUAUACUUUAUGGAAGUCAUUCUUACCUAGGAUGUUUGUACAAUUAUUGCAAUGUAUGUACCCUCUGGCAUGUAUGUUUUGGUUUAUUGUUUGCUCGGAAUGUCUGUAUAUGGUGGCUGCAAGCCCAGGAUGUACGUGCACGGUGGCUGCAAGCCCAGGAUUUAUGUACACCACAGCUAGAUACUUUGAGUGUAUGAUCACUUUUUUCUUAUUCUUUUGCAGAGUGUCUAAAAAUUGUGCUGAAAAAAAUAACCUUUCCAUUAAUGCACAAGAUACUAGUGAGGAAAGUAUUAUUGAGAUAGCCUUAUGUACUUUACAUAGAUGUAUAGAUUACAAGAUUUAGGUUGUGCCAAGAUAUCCCACAUUUUAGGCCAAAGUAGCCAAACUGGAAGCAUACCUGACUUACACAUUAUUUUUGACUUUGGCUAUUUUGUCCAUGAAUUUUAAACUCACUUUGAAUUCGCACGUAAGUGAAUAACAAUGCCAGCGUGUAGUAAUGCUGCUUGUGCAUAUUGUUCCAGCAAAAAUCUAAAAGUGAACAGCGGUAUUUAUAUUGUGUAAAUACGUUAUUCCAAUACUGUAGCCUCGUAUGUAACAGUAAAGUAAAAUAAAGUAAAACUUGUGUUAUUAUUAGCUACACAACUAGCUCAAUGUUGAACAGCAGGAGAAGUAUUGUCCCCGCUUCAGAUGUACUAAACAGCUUGCGUGUUGUUUUAGAUGUGUAUUUUCACUAGUUGGGUAGAUUUAACCUCAUACCACUCUAUGAUAUAGUGUUUUGCAGAAUCACUACAAGCUAUGAUAGUUGCUAGAGUUAAAAUAAGUAGAAAUAUUUGUAUAUAGUAGGCCUUUAAAAAACAAACUAGAUUUUUAUUGCAUCUCAUCUAUUUUUUUUUUGACAAAGAAGGUUUUUUGAGUUGCGUUUUAUCACCUCUUUAUGCUCUCACGUUCCGAUCCUAAAAGCUAAAUUUAGGAUUUAAUAGUCACAGAAGAUAGGAGCACUGCAGAUGACAUCAGAAGGCUGUCCUGCUGAGUGUUUUGUAUGGACUUGUUUCAGAACAUAUGCACAACAGCCACUGAAGUAUUUUGCAUACAUAACACAGCUGCUAUCUAUGUUAUUUUCCCCAUCUCGUAUUCAAUUUCAGGAGAUUUCCUUGUUCACUCCAUGAGGCUGCUUUCCAUUACCUUGUACAGCUUAAAACCCACACAUUGCACUUAAUACUUGUAAUAACCAUUCGUUCUAACAAAAUGUGCGCACUAUUGACAAUAAAUGGGAAGCCAUUUUGAUCCCUAUUGCAGUUCUGUUGUUCAGUGACAUCUUAACAUUUUAGUCAUUUCAUGAGUAAAAUUCCAUCUGAGCCCCGAACAAAGCUUUUCACAGUCGUUAUCCUGGAAAAUAAAUACAGAACAAAUGUUUAAAAGCGAUGUAGUUGUAGACAUAGCUGUGUUUGAGCAAAACUAUAGUUAUUAAGUAUGGCUGGCAGUUUCUACUUAAGAGACGUAUGAUUUAGUGAACGUGUCAACUUCAAUAGCCGCAUUUCACUGGAGGAUGGUCUCAUGAGUUCGGAUCUGAGAUACAUUGAUGGAUUGUUGAUGGUGAUGCAAUUAUGGAACUUGCCAGCAACAUACCUGACUUGGAGAUAAAUGGAAGUACAGUGAACACAAACUCUGUUUCUGCUUCAAGGUUGCAUUCAUCCCACAAAGCAGUCCGGCCGCCCUCUCUCAUUUUGAAAAUCCAAUUUCUUUUCUAUUGGGGACAUUCAAGAUGGCAACAUCACAAACAACCUAUAAUUUUACUUUAUUGUGGGCUGAGGGGAGGGAUUUAAAUUGCAAACGGCAGACUAUUAUUAAGAAGCUGCAGACAAUAUCAUUUGACUGUUUUGGGAAAGUGUCCUGUUCUGUCAUUUUUCUUUAGGUUUGUUGUGGAAUUGCUGUCAAAUGCUGUGACUUUGUAUUUUUUCUCUCUCUCAACAUGUAUUUUGUAGGGCUCCCAGUGGAUCCUCGAAAAGUGCUAAUAGUAGCAGGCCAUCACAACUGGAUUGUAGCCGCAUAUGCUCAUUUUGUGGUCUGCUACAGGUAUGAAUUAUUCAUUUACAAUUUAUUUUGUUCAUGUGUUUGUUAUUGGUCCCUGAUUAUUUUCCCAGAUUGCACCUUGUCCUUCACAGCAUGAUCAAUUUCUCUUUUGGAACAGCAUGAAGUUACUAUGGGAACUGAAUAAUCCGUUCAUUUACAAUCUUUUUUAAUAUUUUUUUUUUUUAUGAAAAAACAAAAACUUUUUAAAAAAACUGUGCAGCCAUGUUAAAGAUUGCCACAUUUAAAAAAUUGGACAACAAUUCGAAAAUCCACAUCAAAGGUUCCCAUUUUUGUAUUAGUUUUUUAGGAUAUGACAUUUACAAGAUAGGCACAGCAGUAAAUUCAUCACUUAAGUGUAUUGUCAGAAAAUCUAUUUUCAUCAAUUUUAUUCUUACUUCUUUGUAUUAUGUGUUAAUACAUUAUGUAUAUUUUGUUCAAAUGUUUGUUGUGCAAUAUUUUACCUCUAUUGUUACUAUAAAAUAAUUUUGCUCCCAUAUCUAUUAACACAUAUACAAUAUAACAUAAAUAUGUAAAAUGAAAGAAAUAUAAAAAAAAACUCAUAAAGGCAUUCUAAACUGGUUCAUGGAUUGCAGAGUAAAACUACAUGUAUAGCUUGGAGGAAAGGCGAGACAGGGGAGAUAUGACAUUUAAAUACAGAAAGGGAAUCAACACAGUAAAGGAGGAGAGUACAUUUAAAAGAAGAAAAACUAUCACAACAAGAGGACAUAGUCUUAAAUUAGAAGGGCAAAUUUUAAAAAUAAUAUUAGGAAGUAUUACUUUACUGAGAGGGUAAUGGAUGCAUGGAAUAACCUUCCAGCUGAAGUGGUAGAGGUUAACACAGUAAAGGGGUUUAAACAUGCGUGAGAUAGACAUAAGGCUAUCCUAACUAUAAGAUAAGGCCAGGGACUAAUGAAAGUAUUUUAAAAAUUGGGCAGACUAGACUUCCAGUUUCUGAGCAUCAAAUAUUAAAAUAAAGACAGGUGUGGGAUGUGGAAUUUACCAAUAGAGGAACGCCAUAUACAAGCAUAUAUUCCUUACGCUAUAGUGUACUUACUGUUCAGGUUACACACCUGCAAUUCAGUUGAUAUUAAGCCAGCCAAGUAUUAAACUUGACAAUCAUUGAUCUAAUUAAUUGAACAUGCAUGUAUAGAAUGCAAAUGGUAAUAUUUUUAAUGAAAUUGCUGAUAUAGUUUGUGUAACGGCACCCCCAGGCAUAAAAGGGUUAAACCGCAGUUUAGUAGAUCUUCCCCUUCCAGAGACACAGGCACAGCUACUGUAGACACCAAUCCACCGAACCGGAGAAGAAUACGAAUGCUCUCAAACAUACGAAUGCUGUAAACAGCCAAAUAGGAAGAGCCAUACAAAUAGGUUUACACUCCUAGCAGUCGAACUGGAACAGCAUACAAUAAUCCCCCUCCCCCCCUAACCCCCCCCCCAGCGGAGCUGUGGGUUUAUUGUUCUUAUAUACACAUUCUUACACAUUAGUACCACCCACAGGGUUUUGUAAAACAACCAAUAAACACGUACAAUACACUCAGACACUCCCACACAAAAUCCUCCCCUCUGCCUGUGAUACAAUUACCUUACACAAUGGGUUAAUGUAAUUAUCACAGGCAGAGAAAUACAGUUUUUUCCACAUUAUUCAUAACUUUAAAAGUAUACAUCACAUUCACAUCAAACUUACAUUUUCAGAAUCAGCAUACUCCAAAUACAAACAUAUGUCAAAAUCAUCCAAAUUGGUCCAUUGGUUCAGAAGAUAGAUCGAAGUCCUUUGUGACCAAAAGAAGCAUGGCUUUUCUGCCGAAAACCAUUUCCACAGAGUCUUCUAUUCUGGAGAUAAUUGGGAAGUAAUCCAAUUAUCUCCAAGGACAGAGGCAAAACUCCAUUAAGCACAUGGCAGUAAAAAGGCCGUAAAAUACAAUAAAAUACACAAGGUUACAUUUAUUACAUAAAAUACAGACAUGCAAUAUAUCCCCAGAUAGCUUAGGUCUGAACGCACAUUAUUACUGAAUGGCGCUCAGACCACACACAUACAGUUCAAUUGCCAUGGAACCAAAGUCUUUUAUUACACGAAUAGGCUCCAUGGCAUAGCUAUCUGGGUUAAAUGAGUUCAUUCAGUAAAUCCGAGAAUCUACCGAACGCCAGGGCAGAAAUACAUGAAAAGAUCUUUCUGCAUAGGAAAAUAAAGUAUUUAAAUGCCGGUCCAUAGUCAAAAGGCAGCAGGCAGGCAACCAGGCUCCUCCAAUGCACAGUGGCGAGAUUGGUCUCGUCACAGCUUGAUAUAGUUUGCAUAUUUGCACUUUGUCAUUGCUUGUUUAAAUCCUGUCCAAACAUUUUCUCAAACUUGACAAAUAAUAACACCUUAAAUUUUAAGAUGAAGGGAUUAAUAUAUAUAAUAUAACAAAAACAUUUCCAGGCACCAGUAUAUGAGGUGAAGUGGUUAUUGUGCCUAAAAAGUAACUUUAAUAUGCUUUGCUAGGCUGGUGUAUUUGAUAGGCUGGUGUAUCAUGAUAGUUCUAACCUAUUUACAGGAUAAAGGAGUCUUCUGGCUGGCAACAGGUUUUUUCAAGUCCUUACCUAAACUGGACUAUUGAACGUGUAGCCCUAAAUGCUAAAGUUGUUGGAGGACCACAUGGGGAUAAGGACAAAAUGGUAGCAGUCGCAUCAGAAAGCAGCAUCAUUCUUUGGAGCAUUCAGGAUGGGAGCAGCGGAAGUGAAAUCGGUAAGCUUCUAUAAUAGAUUAGAAGCAUUCAGUAGAAUUGUGUUCUUUACCUUGUUUAACAAAUUAAGGUGGCUCUGAUAUCAGCACUUUACAAACUGUACAAACCUAGGGUUAAAUUAAGGUGGCACUGAUAUUAGCACUUUAUAAACUGUACAAACCUAGGGUUAAAUUAAAGGACCACUACUGUGCCAGGAAAACAGACUCGUUUUCCUGGCACUAUAGUGCCCUGAGGGUGCCCCCACCCUCAGGGUCCCCCUCCCGCCUGGCUCUGGGGAGAGGAAAGGGUUAAAUCUUACCUUUUUUUCCAGCGCCUGGCGGGGAGCUCUCCUCCUCCUCUCCGCCUCCGGUCCUCCUCUUCGGCUGAAUGCGCAUGAGACAGCCACUAGAGGCUGGAUUAACCCAUUUAUAAACAUAGCAGUUUCUCUGAAACUGCUAUGUUUAUAAAAAAAAAAGGGGUUAAUCCUAGAGGGACCUGGCACCCAGACCACUUCAUUAAGCUGAAGUGGUCUGGGUGCCUAGAGUGGUCCUUUAAGGUGGCUCUGAUAUCAGCACUUUAUUAACUGUACAAACCUAGGGUUAAAUUGUGCUUGGGUUUUGGUUACUCACAGUAGUUUUUUUUUUUUUAAUUUCCUUUUUUUGUGUGUUUUGUUCUUUUUGUGAAACUCUUUCCUAUUAGACAGUUCACAAAAUGUCUUUGUCUUGCUAUCCUUCCCAAAGGGUUAGAAUAAUUUGCAGAGGACAAACAUUCAAUUACCUAUAUAAGAAGAGUCAACUGUAUACAAACAUGAAAUGCUGCUUAGAACUCAUUUACCCUGUGUUGUUUGUGUGCUUUUUCUCUUAAUACUAUGAGUCUACUAGGCUUAUGUACCAGUGCAUGUAGAGUGAUAAUGUGUACAGUAUAACUUUGCAUUGAUACGGACCAGAAAUGUAUUACUCCAAGUACUUUGGUUAUUUGAAGUGGUCAUGGUACUUGGAGUCUGUAUGCAACGUUUUGCAAUGAAACACUGUGUAUAUGGAAUUUAAACCCUUUGCUGGACAGCAUCAUUGAGACGUCUUUAGCCAGUCCAGAACUAGACUUAUGGAUUUCUGUGCAGAAACUCGCAUUCAUUGGUUGAGAUCAUCUGAUCGCUAUCGGCUAUCAUCUGAUCGCUAUUGCUUUUUCCCUGCUUCCUGUAUUUCAUCCAGAUUGUCCACCAAUGGCCAUGUUCCAGUGAUUCUCUAUGAGAAUCAGUAAUGACACGCAAUUUGCAUAACUCAACACAUGCCCACAUUGCCUGCCCAAGAAGUAUACAACCUAAGUUACACUACAAAUACUGGAAUCAGACACUAGAAUUUACAUACCACAUCACACGUGCACACACACACAAACAUUUCCCCAAGCUAAAAAAGGCAGGAGCCAGGUUUUUCACCCCUAAAAAUACAAUUCUUAAAGGGACACUAUAGUCACCAGAAUCACUACAGCCUUAAUGUAGUUGUUCUAAAGUCUAUAUCCUGUCCCUGAACGCUUUUCAAUGUAAACACUGACUUUUCAGACAAAAGGCAGUGUUUACAUUGCUGCCUGGUGACACCUCUAGUGACAGUUACUUAAACGUCCUCUAGAGGUGCUUCUUGGAUCACUGCUUAACACUGUGCAGCACCUAUGUUAAUGUUCCCUAUAGGGAUGCUUUGCUUCAGUGCAUCUCUACGAGGAGAAGUUGAUUGUCACAGUGGUAUUUUGACAUGCUAGUUCAUUAGUCCCCAAAUGCUUUCCUAUGGGGAAGCAUUGAAUUGGCUGUGAUCGGCAAGAUUGAUUAUCUCAGCCGUGGAGUGGGGGCCAGCCACAACGUCACCAGCACAACAUGGGAAAAAAGGGGGAGUAAAAACACUUUUCCCAUGUGAUUGGAAGGCGUCUGGUCACCUAAACAUAUACAGACAACACUCACUGACCGACACACACUCACUGACAGACUGACACACACACUCACUCACAAAUAAUUACUUUUUUAAUCUUCAUUUAAAUCCACCCAAACUGCCUACCUUUGGGAGAGCUGGAGUGGAUCAGUUACCCUGGGGUCCAGUGGCGCUUCUGUCAUCUCCCUGCUCGGCUCCCUCUCGUGCACUGUUUAGUGAUGCAGGGCCAGAGUGACAUCAUAACCUGGCACUUGUCAUCACUGGAGGGUGCGUGAGGGAGCAAAGCAGGGAGAUUACAACUCCCUUGCCGCUGCACUUAGUCAACUGCCCGCCUCUGCUCUCAGCCAGUCACCUCGGGCUGAACAGGAUCACAAAUCCCAGGAGCCAGGACAAAUUUCCUGGUCACCAUGGCGACCUGCCACCUUGGAUUUGUCGAGCUCUGUAAUAUAUACAUUGUACAUAUACUGCACUACUAAGUUCAAAGAACGAUGGAUACAUGACGCCUGUCUGCUAACUGUACUGGGACUGGCAGGGAAGAGGUUACUAGAGGGAUGGGCAGAUAACAGGGACUGGCAGGGAUGGUGUUAUCGGCGGGAUGGGUGGAUAACAGUGAGUGGCACUGAGGGGGUUAUCAGAGGGAUGGGUGAAUAAUAGGGACUGGCAGGGCAGGGGUUACCAGAGGGAUGGAUAACAGUGACUGGCAGGGAAACGGAUACCAGCGAGAUGGGUGAAUAGCAGGAACUGGCAGGGAUGGGGUUACCAGCUAAAUGGGCGGAUAACAGGUACUGGCAGGGAAAAGGUUACCAGUUGGAUGGGUGGAUAACUGGAACUGGUGGUGAAGGGGUUAACAGUGGGUAGGGAGGUUGAUUAACAGGGGCUGGAGGGGAAGGAAUUAACAGUGGGUAGAUAGGUUGGCUGACAGGGUUGGAAGGGAAUGUAUUACUUGCAUUACAGGGAGGGAGGAAGAGGGGCACAUAUAGAAUGGCUGGGAACAUGGGGGGGAGGAUAUCAAAGAAAGAAGGAAAUGAAUCAGAACAAAGUUAAGGCAAAGGAGUAACAAAACCUAUAUGACACACACUGUACUUAGCUCUAGCCUUGUCUCUGCAGUGCAGUCUGUGUUGUGAGCAUUCCUUACACUAGAUAAGACAUGCCUCUAUUUUAAUUUGCUGAAAAAGGUCUGUUUCUUUCGGAGACUGGGUAUCAGAAACUUGUUGAAAAUUGAGAGGGUGGUGGCUAAGGAGGCUGGGUUACACUGCUGAAAACAGCAAAACAUUUUACAGCACUGCAGAAAAAAGCCUACACACAAUUGAAAGAAAAUAAACUAACCACAGGUAUUUGAGCUUAUUAGCUUUAAUGUAUGCUUGGCUUGUUUAGCUGCCGGGAGUGUCCCUUUAAAAGUUUAAAGCCACUGAGUCAGGGAAGGUUCUUCGCUCUAUCCCUGCAGUAAGUGUCCAAAGCAGGGAGCAUAAUGGAAAUGUAAAAUGACUGGUACUUACAUCAUUUAAAAAAAGUUAUAAAACAAUUUAUAAUUUGGAAAGUCAUGGAAAAUGUUUAAAAAUAGGCUGCUUAAAGAGUUACUCCAACCGGUUUUAUUCCUGAGGUUUUCUUUAACGAAUGAUGCCCUAUUAGGGAUUUCAAGGUAAGUCCACCAUACCCCUUAAAGUUUUGUUUUUUUGUGGAAAAAAAUGGUUUGUAAAAAUUACCUGCAAUCCACCACCAGGGGAACCUCCCGGCAGAGAUCUCCAACUGACAUCAUGGAAGCCCUGCCAGGGUCCCAUAACUGACUUCUCAUAGAGCUGAGGUGAGGGAGGGAGGAAUUUCUUGUAAAAAUUUUUUUAGAUGGGUAUUUACUUAAUAGCAUGGAGUGAGGGAGGGGAAAGCAAGCUUCCCUUAUAGGUGUCCUACAUGCAAUGGAGAAGAUUAUUACAUCUUCUAGUGUGCUGUAAGAUUUGACGACCGACAGAAAGUAUGCAUAGAAUUCACAUUAGGCUGCUAAUUUCACGUGUGCCAGAGGGGUGUAACUAACCUUCAGCACAAAAGGUAAUAUAUCUCUUAACGUGCUGUGAUUCAAGCAGAAACAGUGCACAUCUAGACUCCUACCACUAUGACCACUUCAAUUACUGAAGGGGUCAUCAUGGUGGUUGGAGUAAACCUUUAAUUGUAGAACACUUCUCCACACCCCAUAUUUCGCUAAUUCUCUAUUUACUGCACCAUAUACAUUUCUAGUUAUUUAACCCACUACUCAAAUUCGACUGUUUUAAACAGAAAUAGUGAAUGUUACUUGGACCAGGUAUUGAUCAUUUCAGAAAUAGAAAAAGUGAAUGCAAUUUGUGAGCAUGACAGCCUAAAGUCCAUCACUUUAAAUAGGAAAUAAUGUCACCUCAAAUACUGUUGGGAAUGUAGCUGUAAUUGAAGUCUCUACAAUUUGAUAAACGAUGGUAUGUGCUGGUAUGACAGAGUUAUAUUGAGUUACAAGUACCUUCUUUAACAGAAUGUCCCUUGACAAAUUUCAGUCAAAGGCUUUCCGUAGCCUUAUAUUUAUAUAAACAACAUUACACUGCACACAUAUGGUGAUCUCUGUUCACUAGCUGAUAAUUCGGGAUUAUUCUAGCUUUAGUGACUGAAUAAUCUAAAUUGUAUUAAAGACAGGAGGCGAAUAUUUGCUUUAACCUUCUUUACUGAACCUCCCAGCAGCAAAGAAAUAGUUAAACAUAUAGAGAAAAAAUCAACCAAUCGGGACACAUAUUAGAACAUAACAGUCUGUCAGGCUCCUCCCAAAUCCUCUUUCUGAUGCAGCCGAUCAUAAGUGUAGUCAACCGAGUAAACUUGAGUAAUCCAUCAACCAUGUAAACCAGAACGCAGCCGAUACUAGAGACCAAUGUAACGUAGUCUUCGUGGCUCACGCAGAGAAACUUCACACUAAAAGACAGAGAAAGAUCGUGAAAGUAUGGUCACUUGGAAUGGGUUUCCGCAAGAUAUCUACAUACACAGAUCUACCCCCUGGAUAUUACAAGUAUAAACUAUUGCAAAAUCUAAAACAGUCAGAACCAGGCAGAUUAAUAAGCACCUAACCAGAGCAAACAGAAAAAACUGCCAGAUUAAUAUAAAGUCUCACAAGAAACCUAGAAAAAAUUAAGAGUAUAUGUGACCUGAAACAUAAUCUGGGGUGGGAUACCAAAAAGGUGGGAAAAUAUUCGCCUCCUGUCUUUAAUAAAAUUUAGAUUAUUCAGUCACUAAAGCUAGCAUAAUCCCGAAUUUGAUGGCAAGACAGGAGGCUUCAUAUUUGCUGUUUUAAAGUGUUGAAACCAAAGAGAAAAAAGCAUGGGACAAUUGUUGAAAAUAAAAGGUACGGAAGGUAGAUUCUCUAGACCAAUCAGCGCAUUUUAGGAUGUCUGCAAGGGAUCCCCCAGCCAUAAAGGCUGAAGAGGCAGCGGCACCUCUAACAGAAUGAGCUCCAAAAGAGGAAUCUAUAUGCCCGCUAAAUCGAGAAGCCAUUUAAUCCAGCGGGCAAUCGUGGGACAAGACACUGGCUUGUGUGGUCGCACAUAUGAGAUAAACAGGGGGUCCGUAGGGGUACAUAGAGGUGAUGUAGAGUCGACGUAGUGUUGGACACAACGAGCAACGCAGAGCGACGGUCUGUCAGAAAAAUAAGAGUAAGUAAUCGUUAAGGAAUUAGUUUUAGUGCGGCGAGAAAUGUUGAAACGUACACCUUGGGGCGUGAAAUAAAUAGCGUGAAAGUCAAAUGCCUGAAUAUCAGACACUCUUCUAAAAGAAACUAAGCAGAGAAGAAGAGCUAAUUUGUCCGACAGUUGUCGUAGAGAGAGUGCUUCGUUGGGUGGCCAAGUCUCCAGGAAGGACAAAACAAGAGCAACAUCCCAAAAAUGCUAAUAUUUUGGGACAGGAGGUUGAGCAAGACAAAUGCCACGCAACAGUCUACAGAUGGAGGGGUGUUUACCUAUUGCUGUAUUAUCAAUGGGGCCAUGAGCUGCCGAAAUGGCUGAACGAAACACAUUAAUGGAUCUGUAGGAUUUACCUUGUUCAAAAAGAGAGGACAGAAAGUUCAUAAUGUUAAUCAAAGAAGCUGAAACGGGAUCAAUACCCCUUUCCAAACACCAGCGAUGCCAAACUCGCCAGGCUGAGAGGUAAGAGCGUCUAGUCCUGGGGGCCCAUGAGUCCCAUAAGAGUUCUCUAGCAGUCUCCGAAAGUCCUGCGGCAUUUCAGGAUCCCCUAAAACAGUCCAGACCACUAGCUGGAGAUGACCCUGCAAUGCGAGAGGGUGAAAGUUGCCUGCGGGAUCUUUGAGAAGAUCGUGCGUGGCAGGUAGCAGUAGUGGAUAAUCCACUGACAUCUCCAAGAGAUUGGGGAACCAUGGUUGGGUACGCCACAAAGGGGUCAGCAGUGUUAUUGUGGUCCCCUGAGUCCUGAGAUGAUGGAGAGUGCAAAGGAUCAUGGAGAACGGAGGGAAGGCAUAAGCUCCGGUCGUUGGCCAAGAUUGAAGGAAGGCGUCUAGUGCCAGAGAGGUCAGAUCCGGCAACCAACUGAAAAAAGCGUCCGUCUGUCGAUUCAGACGAGAUGCAAAUAGGUCAAGGUUGAAUGGACCCCGAAGAAGAUGGAGACGGUAAAAAAUGUGUGGGUCCAAUUGCCAGUCGCUGGAGUCUCUCCAGUGUCGAGAGAACCAAUCUGCGACUAAGUUGUCGGAACCAGGUAGAUACUCUGCUCGAAGGGAGAUGUUCCUGUCUAGACAAAAUUGGUAUAAUUCUUUUGUGAGGUCUGAGAGCAUUUUGGAACGGGAUCCCCCUAAGCGAUUCACGUAUUUUCAUUCUCAGCACUAGGGAACAAUUGUAAGAGUCCUUUGCGAAACUGUGAAUAGCAAAGGAACCGGCAAUCAACUCGAGGCAAUUGAUGUGCAAUGCCCAUUCUGAUGGGGACCAAGGACCUCCGGUAAAGAGAUUUGCACGUGAUGCACCCCAGCCCAGAAGACUGGCAUCUGAUUCUAGGAUGUAAUCUGGCUGUGAUACGAAGAUCGUUCUCCCGUUCCAUGCAUCCAUAUGGUGUAGCCACCAAUUCAGUUCGAGUCGGACUUCGCCUGUCAAGGAGAUCUGUUGAUCGUAAGAUGCAGAGUGACGUAAAGAGCGAGUCUUCAGACGUUGCAUUGCUGGGUGAUGUAAAGGAGCUGGGAAGAUCGACUGAAUCGAGGCGGAGAGUAGUCCGAUUAUGCGAGCUAAGUCGCGAAGAUAGUCGAAGAGGCUAGAAUUUUUCUGAUGUGUUUUUUGAUGUUCUUGAUCUUUACUGAAGGGAGUUGUAGGAUAGCCAAAACGGAAUCUAUUUGGAAUCCAAGGAAUUGAACCAUCUGAGACGGGGUGAGGACGGAUUUUUGGACAUUGAUCACGAACUCCAAGUUUUUUAACAGAGCAUGUCUGUAUGGAGGUGUAUAGUACCUGGGUCCCGAGCAAUAAGGAGGAUAUCGUCCAGAUAUAUGAUGGAGCGAAUCCCCUGAGAGGGUAGCUAGGCCAUGACCGGUUUCAUCAGCUUGGUGAAACACCAAGGUGCGAAACAGAGUCCGAAGGGGAGGCAUGUGAACUGCCAUAAGUCUUGAUGCCAUCUGAACUGUAGGAAACAGCGAUGGGCCGGUGUUAUAGGAACCGUGAGGUAAGCACCUGUCAAUUCCAAACGGGAGAACCAGUCUUCCUCGCAGAGUAGGUCUCGAAGGAGGUGGAUACCCUCCAUUUUGAAAUGUUGGUAAACAAUAAAAUUGUUUAGGUCUUUCAGGUUGAUAACUGGUCGAAAGUCUCCUGACUGUUUUCGGACCAGAAAUAUGUUGCUUAUGAAUCUGUGAGGGGACAGAGAACGUUCUAUAGUGCCCUUGAUGACAAGGUCGUUUAUUGCGGCCUCCAAGGUCGCAUUGUCCUCUUGAGACAUGUGGAGGGGGAGACUCCUGUAGAGGGUCGUUUGCAAAAUCUAUAUGGAAACCAGAUACAGUUUGAAGGAUCUGUGGAUCCUGAGUUAAUAGAGACCACUGUUGGAAAAAAGGGGUUAACCGGCCUGCAAUAGGAACUUGAGUCGAUUACCUGAAGCAGUGCGGCCCCGGAGGGAAGCAUAUCCACGUCCUCUGAUGGAACGUCUAGAGGGGAAGAACUGCUUGUGGUAGAAACGGGUAUUGCCCGAAUUCCAUGAGUCUGCUGGUUGAGGCCUGUAGCCUGUGAAGGCAGCUCUGCCAGUCGUUCGGCCCCUGUAGCGACCAGCUCUCCCGGAAAAACGCUGGGGUCUGAACACCCUGCGAAGGGUCCAUUGUGCCUUGUUGAGGGAGGUAAACACGGAUACGUGUUUAUUCAGGUCCCGGAUGAACCUGUCCCCAAAUAACAGUCCGUUAGCCUCUGGACCAAGUUCUUUGGUGCCUAAUUCUGCCAAUUUGGCGUCAAUUUUAUAUAAUACAGCUUUACGGCGUUCAACGGAAAUAGCUACGUUGGCGUUGCCCAACAGGCAUAACGCUCGUUGUGCCCAUUCACGCACCAUGUGUGCGUCAAAAUUGCCACCUGCUAGCAUCUAUAAUCAGCGGUUAUAAAAAUCUGGAUAAGCUGGCCUGCUAUAUCCAUCAGCUUGUCUUGGGUGGCUUUUAAGCCAACUUCGAUUCCUUUGCGGGGAUCUUUACCCGUCUUAGUUAGAAAAGUGACCAGGAGUGGGUCAAGUUCAGGGGUGACAGCCACCUUAUCAGGGAUUAUAGACCGUGGACAUUUUGCUUUUAAUUUGGCUCUAGUUUCCUUUUCUAAAGGUUUACGAAGCCAUAAUCUGCAAUAUUUGGCAAUGUGAUCAGGGGGUGUCCAUUCUGCUGAACGAGGGUGUCUGAUGCAGUGUGGGUCAAAUAGAGGACAACCAUUGGUAUCCAGUAGAAUAUCGUCCUUAGUAUUGUCUAAAUUAGUAGUGGACAUAGGAUCAGUGUCCUGAAAGGACUGGUUUUGGGGUAGGAGAAAAGUCUCAGUAACAAAUUCAGAAGAGGAAGGGUUACGUGGGAGAUCCUCAUUUGGAUAUACAUUGUAUUCGUCUGUCACUCGAAGGUGAUAGCCAGAGGUUGAACCCUUUAAGGGGUUAGAUUCUGAAGUCAAAGUGGGUUUGGCAUUAGACAAUUUAGCUGUCUUUGGGGCUUUGCCUUUGCCAGCAGAAGCACUGUUACCCUUCCAAGGGCGCUUACGUGGGGCUUCGUCAUGGUCAGAGACCCUGGAAUAAUCCGAGUCUGACAAUUGCGUGAUGGUGGCAGUAGUGGCUGUCUGGUCACGAAACGUUGCCAAGGCUUUGGAGAUAGAGUCUGCAAUUGCAGCUUGAAGCCAGGCUUUUACCUCUGCUGACAGUGCAGGUUCUGGUUGGUCCGACAUGAUGACCAGUAAAAUAGUAGUGGGUUCACCACAGAAUCAAUAUACCAACAGGUAUAUUAAACAACUUUUAUUUUUUUAUUUUUUUUGUAUUUAUUUAUUAUUAUUUUUAUUUUUUUUAUUAUUAUAUAUAUAUUAACAAACUUGUCACAAACAAAGUAAAAGCAGGGGCUGUCUAAUUGGGGUUCACCCAGACAAUAUGCAGUCACUUUAACCCCUUAAGGACCAAACUUCUGGAAUAAAAGGGAAUCAUGACAUGUCACACAUGUCAUGUGUCCUUAAGGGGUUAAGGGGACUCAGUGGGGUUCAUCCACAAUUAUGGCAGUUAAACUGUCAAUAUAAUAAUGACAGGGGUAACCUGUGCAAUCAAUAAAAAAUAUAUAUAAGGGGUUCACCCUGAGAGAUAAGGCACAAGGGGGUCACCCUCAAUAAAGAGGCACGAGGGGGUCACCCUCAAUAAAAGAGGCAAGAGGGAGUCAACAACAAGCAGGGGGCAAUGAAUACUCACAGUUUAACAGAGCUGCAAUCCAGUAGCAGAGAGCAGUUCCUGAAAAGCACGCGGACAGGAAAUGUAACCGCCGAACAGAAGAUGGCCACCGGCAAGAAGGAGGAAGGCGGGAAAACUGCAUGUCAAUCAAGGACGCGAAAAAAAAACGACGGUACAGAAAUAGAUCGCAGGCGUGAUCAAAACGGACCGCAGCCACUGCAGUGGCACGGUCUGAAGAUAAUUUCACCAAGGAAAAAGAUUAGUAAGGUAUUACUUUAGUCAGAGAUAAAUAAAGUCACAGGGAAGGAACUGGACAGUGGGCUGACCUGAGAAGGGUCGUUGUGAUAAAGGGCAGAGAUAAAAUAAACACACACAUUACCUUAUGUGAGUAAAACUGACAGGGAAAGUUAAUUAAAGGAGUCAAAAAAAUCUAUGGAAAAACAAAAUAAGGCUCACCUGGGAGGCAAGCAGCAAAGAAAGAGGAAGUGGGAGGAGCCUGACAGACUGUUAUGUUCUAAUAUGUGUCCUGAUUGGUUGAUUUUUUCUCUAUAUGUUUAACUAUUUCUUUGCUGCUGGGAGGUUCAGUAAAGAAGGUUAAAGCAAAUAUGAAGCCUCCUGUCUUGCCAUAAAAUUAAUUUUUACACAGUUCCAACUGGAUUUGGCACCCGCAUGUUAAUGACAAAACAACCGUCGGGUAAUUUAAAAAAAAAUAAACAAACUGCCUGUAAGUUAGUGAAGUUGCCCACAGUAAUCUAUUGAUGCAGUGUUAUACUCGCUUGCAGCUGAUGUUAUCUGUAAUGUGGGCAGCCCCACUCUAGGCAUUGUGAGAGCAUUCACACGAUGAAGCCAAUAUACUAGUUUCUAUCUCAAUGCUGGUGGUUUGUAUAAAAAAAUCUCAGCAUGUCAUGCAGGGCAAUCUGAUUUCGGGACACUAGGGUUGAGGUGUAAGGAAAUUGCCAGAAUCCACUGCAAUUAGGUUUCCAUUUUAUUUAAUAAUGAAGUGCUCUUUUACUCUCUUUUGAUUGCUGUUGUUGGAAAUGAUAGUUUGGGAUUACAUGUGGGGAUUACAAAGAUGCUCUUUGUUCAUACCCUGUAAAAGAAACAAUUUGUUGUUACAAACACUUCAGACCUCAGUAACACCAUCUAAAGAAAAUUACAAAGGCUGGCAUCUCUGUGAUAGAACUGUCCCCUAGGCUGCUGUGCCUUCAAUAUUACUUACUGAAGACACCACUACCAGAUUGCUGCUAUAAGCAGUAUUUUACUGAGAGGGCCCCUUAAGACAGGAAUAUGUCAUUACUUAUACCAUCUUCCUCCCUGUGGAUAACAGUCAAGAUUGUUGAGCCUAAGCAGGAGUGACACUUUAAAUUCUUUCAGACCAUUCAAGCUGUCGUCUUUGAUUUCCCUGAACUUCAUUCUUCUCUGGAGUAAUCAAUUCUACUUGUUUUUCUGUUUUUAUUAUUGUGUACAUGUCAUUGCCAUGUAGUUUCUUAAUGCAUAUUUUUUGUAUUAUUACCAAUUAAAUAGUUUUGAUCAUUUAAAAAAAAAAUUCAGAUACACAAUGUGACCAACUAUAGAUUAAUUAUCAAAAUAUAAAGCUUUGCCCCCCUCACCUCCAUUUUCCUUUUUAAAUGUAUGUUUAAUGUAAAUGCCAUAUACCUGCUGUCUGAUCUUUGCAAAGUUUAAAACUAUUGCAGAAAUAUCCAGUUAGCAUCAUGUGAAAUUCUGUAAAAGUUCAUGCAUCCUCUCAUUGCUGUUCAAAUUUGUAUUGAUAAUGCAGGAGUGGAUGAGGGAAAGAUUUAAAAUGUGUUUACUUGAAUGGAUUGCAGAAAACAAAACUAAAUGAAGGCCUUCACCCAAAUAUUAUUUGCAUAUAAGAUAAUUACAAUAAGCUGUAUUGAUUAUGGUGCUUUUGAGUCUCUCAAAUACGCUACCUCCUCAAAUUUUGGUUAAAUUUUUAGUUUUUCCUCCAUUUGUGUUCCCGCUAUCAAUUUAGCAAAGCUGCCUAAUAUCAGCAUUUAUCAGCAGUAUGAGCAUUAAUAGUAAAAAAUCCUUUGUGGAAACAUUGUGUAAUUAGAAUGUUUAUCAUCAUUUGAAAUUAAUACGAUUACAAAAUAUGCUAGCUUUCUUAAAUGUUCGUACAGUUUGUUCUACAGCUGACUAAAAUGCCUACUUAUAUUGACACUUGUGCAGAACCUUUGAAAAAUAUUCUAGUGCUGUAGUAUAAAUGCAUUGAUAUUCCCUCUUGAUGUGCUGAGAAAAAUAAUUUCUCACCCUGCAUCUGAUCCCUUUGUGAUACUUGUCAUUAAUUGUCACGCUAAACAUGUGAGAUGGACCCAAAAUACCCAUACAUUUUUUUAUUUUACAUGAAAUUAUGUGUAUAAGAAACUACAGAGCAGUUAAUACAACAUAUGCACUUUUUUUUUUAAUAUGCCAUAAUUUAACAUUUUCACUCAGGUGAAGGUCACAUUAUAAAAUAAUGUUUAUAAAAAGCCUUAACACUUCAAGUAUUAAAUCUCUGGGGCAGUCCCUCUAUUCCAUCUGCUCCUCAUCUGAUAAAGUCUAAUGAUUUUUGUCCUAGAGAAGCAUUAGGGACAUAGGACAGAUGCUCUUUAAAGGGACACUGUACUGCCAAAAUACAACAUAAAUAGAAAUCAAUGUUUAGUAGAUGUGCCCCAAAUUAAAAUUUGCAAUAAUUUAAUUAUGCAUUUUUUCACUUGGGACAUAUCUAAACCUGCAUGUCUCUUGUCUGCAGUCUUUGCAAGCCCUUCCCUGCAGAAUUCUGUGACUAUCCAAUCACAGACUUGCCAAUGCAGCUCAAUGAAAAAUCUUUGUAAGAUAGGUACUGUGUGCAGUUGCUGAUUCUUGAGUUUUGUUCCUUUGAGCUAACCAAACCAAGAAGUAAUAGGACCUGUCUGCUUGAAAGCCAAGUCUUUCCUUUAAUUGUCGAACUCUACCAAUCCGUUGGUCCUCAAGAAGCAUUGGUGACCUUCAGGAUCAUCAUGCUAUGAGUGAUGACAAUAAACUUGAAAUAUUAAAAAAAUAAAUCUACGGUCUUAAUGAGAAAAUGCCUUUAGUAGCUGUUCGAUAAUCACUAGAGGUGUGUUCUAAGUAAAAUGAUUAUAUGAAACAAGAGGGACAGCACCAUUGUGCACCACUAGAUUGAGAUGUAGUUUUAUUCAUGCUUAGACUGUCCUUUUUUCAUUAAUAAAGUAAAAGCACUUCUUGUACUUCUUUCAGACCUAAGUUGCCCACUGCAUGGCAUAUUGUUUGAUGAUCAGGUCUUGCAUGAAAUGUAGAAUAUGAAAAUAAUAUUUAUUUAUUUGUAAUGUGCACCUGUUGUAUGAUGUCGUAGGUGUGUUCAGUCUUGGAGUGCCAGUGGAUGCACUUUUCUUUAUUGGUAACCAGUUGGUAGCCACAAGUCACACAGGGAAAGUUGGAGUGUGGAAUGCAGUUACCCAACAUUGGCAGGUAAGUGAAGCAGAGUAAGAACACUGGGAUUUACACUAUUGAAUAGAAUACUGACAAUCACCUAUAACUUAUAUUAACUUUUUUUUGUUAGAUGUUCCAUUUUUCUUUUAAAUUCAUGUUGAAGAAUUAACAAAGCAGCACAAUAAAUUGUGAGAUUGCUGGUCCUGCUCCGGAGCACCGGGUGGCUGCUUUGAUUAAGUGCAGCUCCUUUCACCAUUUUUGCAAUAAGGAAUUAUCAAAUGACACCAUGAUCUAAUUGAGAUAAGGCAAGUCAGGUCAAACAUUGCAAAUGAAGAGAAGAAGUAGAAACUUUUAAAAUUUCUCCUAUUCUUUAAAUGAUUUUUUACAUUGGAGAAUUGAGCAGUGAGACUGCAGGGGCAUGAUCUACAGGGAGUGCAGAAUUAUUAGGCAAAUGAGUAUUUUGACCACAUCAUCCUCUUUAUGCAUGUUGUCUUACUCCAAGCUGUAUAGGCUCGAAAGCCUACUACCAAUUAAGCAUAUUAGGUGAUGCGCAUCUCUGUAAUGAGAAGGGGUGUGGUCUAAUGACAUCAACACCCUAUAUCAGGUGUGCAUAAUUAUUAGGCAACUUCCUUUCCUUUGGCAAAAUGGGUCAAAAGAAGGACUUGACAGGCUCAGAAAAGUCAAAAAUAGUGAGAUAUCUUGCAGAGGGAUGCAGCACUCUUAAAAUUGCAAAGCUUCUGAAGCGUGAUCAUCGAACAAUCAAGCGUUUCAUUCAAAAUAGUCAACAGGGUCGCAAGAAGCGUGUGGAAAAACCAAGGCGCAAAAUAACUGCCCAUGAACUGAGAAAAGUCAAGCGUGCAGCUGCCACGAUGCCACUUGCCACCAGUUUGGCCAUAUUUCAGAGCUGCAACAUCACUGGAGUGCCCAAAGCACAAGGUGUGCAAUACUCAGAGACAUGGCCAAGGUAAGAAAGGCUGAAAGACGACCACCACUGAACAAGACACACAAGCUGAAACGUCAAGACUGGGCCAAGAAAUAUCUCAAGACUGAUUUUUCUAAGGUUUUAUGGACUGAUGAAAUGAGAGUGAGUCUUGAUGGGCCAGAUGGAUGGGCCCGUGGCUGGAUUGGUAAAGGGCAGAGAGCUCCAGUCCGACUCAGACGCCAGCAAGGUGGAGGUGGAGUACUGGUUUGGGCUGGUAUCAUCAAAGAUGAGCUUGUGGGCCUUUUCGGGUUGAGGAUGGAGUCAAGCUCAACUCCCAGUCCUACUGCCAGUUCCUGGAAGACACCUUCUUCAAGCAGUGGUACAGGAAGAAGUCUGCAUCCUUCAAGAAAACAUGAUUUUCAUGCAGGACAAUGCUCCAUCACACGCGUCCAAGUACUCCACAGCGUGGCUGGCAAGAAAGGGUAUAAAAGAAGAAAAUCUAAUGACAUGGCCUCCUUGUUCACCUGAUCUGAACCCCAUUGAGAACCUGUGGUCCAUCAUCAAAUGUGAGAUUUACAAGGAGGGAAAACAGUACACCUCUCUGAACAGUGUCUGGGAGGCUGUGGUUGCUGCUGCACGCAAUGUUGAUGGUGAACAGAUCAAAACACUGACAGAAUCCAUGGAUGGCAGGCUUUUGAGUGUCCUUGCAAAGAAAGGUGGCUAUAUUGGUCACUGAUUUGUUUUUGUUUUGUUUUUGAAUGUCAGAAAUGUAUAUUUGUGAAUGUUGAGAUGUUAUAUUGGUUUCACUGGUAAUAAUAAAUAAUUGAAAUGGGUAUAUAUUUGUUUUUUGUUAAGUUGCCUAAUAAUUAUGCACAGUAAUAGUCACCUGCACACACAGAUAUCCCCCUAACAUAGCUAAAACUAAAAACAAACUAAAAACUACUUCCAAAAAUAUUCAGCUUUGAUAUUAAUGAGUUUUUUGGGUUCAUUGAGAACAUGGUUGUUGUUCAAUAAUAAAAUUAAUCCUCAAAAAUACAACUUGCCUAAUAAUUCUGCACUCCCUGUAUAUGCUAAAAUGGCUUAAUUGCGUUGAGUUGGUGCCUGUAUUGGCCCUUUAAAGUGCACUUAUAAUUUAAAAUUUGCAAUGUGAAAUUUAAAGUUUAUUUCUUACUUUUGUAUUUCAUUUUAACUGUGUCUGUUUGUAAGGAUGUUCAGUAAAAUAAUCCCGACACAGACUGUUACUCAGCUUCCUUGUUUGUAGGGGGAAAAAAAAAUCUUUGUAGAGGAUGUAUGUUCCGUAACGAUCCAAGUUACCAGCAAAUGCAUAUAUGAAAAUACUGUACAUAGCAUUUUGGGAGUAAGCCACAAAAUUUUGGGUGUUCUUGGGAGCAUAACAUUCAGCUCCACUUUGUAGGUAACAUUAAUCUUACUGGUAAUUUUACCUACAUAAUGUCCCUUUCUAAAGGGGACUUUGUCCUCUCUGAGGCGCUAACCAAAUCAUAGGAUGCAUAGGUCAGUAGGUAUAUUAAGUAAUGUCUCGUGUUUCAUUGUAUGACCACAUCUUUGUACCCCUGUGUUGUUACUUUAACUAUAAAAAGUAAAAUAAAAUAUUUAUACCAUGACAGUUUAGUGAUGAGUUCUCAUUCCUCUUAGGUUCAGGAUGUUGUUCCUAUAACAAGUUGUGACACUGCCGGGUCCUUCCUUCUUUUGGGAUGUAACAAUGGAUCAAUUUAUUAUAUAGGUGAGCUAAGUUAAACUUUAGUUUAAAUUUUAUUUUAUUUUUUUCAAAUAUGAUUUUAUAUCCUUUUUUUGGUUUGCUAAAUGACAAUGUUUUCUUGUCUUUAAAUUUCAUCAUAUAAAUCAUUUGUGGGGUGUUUGUUUUAAUACAUUUUAUUUAAAAAAAAAAAAAAAUACUUGUGUGUAUAAUUUAUGUCUUUAUAGAUAUGCAGAAAUUCCCAUUACGAAUGAAAGACAAUGAUCUUCUUGUGACUGAAUUGUAUCACGAUCCCUCCAAUGAUGCAAUCACUGCGCUGAGUGUCUACCUCACCCCCAAAACCAGUGAGUGGAGGACAUGAAUGUUUAUAGAGAAAAUACUUAAAUUUGAAUAAAUAAAUAUAUGUUAGCAUUGUUUAGAAAUUGGAUUUUUGGUGAAUAGUGUUCUAAUUGCCGUAGCUAUAGUGCCUGUCCAAAGUUCAGGAUCUAAGAUUCAGGCCUGGAAGAAGUCUCUUAGGUCUUUUUCAAAGUUGCUAAAAUAAGCUACCUUUAUAUAAUAACGUCUUUACCCAAAGGCAUACUUAAAAAAUGAGUAAAAGCUAAAAACAUUCAGUUUUACACUUAAACAAUUGAUUAGAAUGCCAAGUUCUAAUGUAUAAUGCAGAAUCCAGUUUAAUUAUCCAUAAACUGAAACAAGGGUGAUUACAACUGAUCAGGAUUGUUUCAACCACUCAUAGGAUAUAUCAACUACAUUUCCACAACAAUGGUUGUUUGAAACAGAGGUUCUACAAUGUGCUGUUAAAGAGCAAGACCUGAUGUUUUCCACUUUGAUUGAGUGAUAACCAUGUAGCGGAGCUGCGAUAUUAAAUCCCAAUAUCUCCGCUGGUAGACGAAAAUAAUCCAACGAAAGCGCUGAAAGAAGGCAAUAUCCCAAAUCCCCCAGUAACCGGACGAAACACAGUUCUGGGAGUCAACUGGGGUUUUUAUUCACAAGCUCCAGUAUUUAUGCGAUUCCCCAUGCAAGGGGUUUCCUUAAUUACUUUACAGGGGUUAUAUAGUAGGGGACUACAUGGGGAACUGAACAUACAGGACAUUUCUCCCACCAUGCACUGCUGUACGAGAGGGAUACUCCCACAAGAAUAUCCUGUUAAGUGGAUUAUCCCUCUGUACAGCAGAACCGGCUUUUCACAUAAAAAUCUGUAACUGGUAUAAUAUUCGUGCCAAUGUACCGAAUGACCGAUCGGCAUAUAGCUGGGGUCUGAGCGCAUACUUUGUGAAAGUACCGCUCAGAUCCCAGCACAAUUAACCGAACGCCGCACGAAAUACGUAGUAACAUCAACUCUUCAUAAAAGUCACAAAUGCAUAAGUGGGGAAAAAGUCCCGAAAGACCGGCGCUCCCGAACGGCCUGGAAGUCCAGCGGUGUUUGUGCCGUUGAGUAGCCGAUUUUAGUUCCAGGCGCUCGACGACCAAACACCGCUGGGCUAAUAGUGAUUCCAAGAUGGCCGCCGCGUGGUUGGUAUCCGAACGACGGCCACCCUGGGAAUCAAUUAGCAGCCGAUCGAUACAAUGUUGCAAUCGGUUAAUGGGAGCCACAUGACCCCCUGUGUGUGGGCUCCCAUUCGGUACUUUGUUCGUUUGACGAACAGUGUUGAAAGUCACUGUUCGUGAAACUACUAUAUGAAUGCUAGCGGCUUUCGUGCCACUAGCAUACGGAUUCCCUCUAUCACAUUUUAAGCGUCACACACCAUAUAUAAAACAGUCUCUCCAGGGCAACCCUUAGAUAUAAAAAAAAUAGUCUUAGGUGGCUAGGUUUUGCCACAAUGCUCCCCCAGAACCAAGCCGGCUUACACAGUCUGAUCCCAACGGAUCGGCUUGGGGAUGUCCGGAGGAGUACUCACAGAUCAUUUUUCAAGUUCAGUUUGUCUGGAUAACCCGUCUGCGUUACCGUUUUGCUUUCCGGGGCGAUAAUGAAUGGUAAAGUCGAAUGGCUGCAGCGCCAAGCUCCAGCGCAGCAGCCUGGCAUUGUCCCCAGCCACACGGUUCAGCUACACCAAUGGGAUAAGGCUGCAAUUUUUUGAGGGCCCAAACCACAGCCAGGCAUUCUUUCUCAAUGGCGGCGUAGCAAACUUCUCGUGGUAAUAACUUUCUGCUUAAGUAAGAUACAGGAUGUUCUCCGCCAUCUGCUCCAACUUGGCUCAGCACUGCUCCCAAUCCAAACAUUGAUUGCGUCUGUGUGGACAAGAAAUCGUUUAGUUGGAUCAGGAGCAGCAAGUACAGGUGCAUUGGUCAAAGCAGUCUUGAGUUGUUGAAAUGCCUGAUCACACUCUGAGGCCCAGAUGACCUGUCGAGGAAGAUUUUUGCAUGUCAAGUCGGUAAGGGGUUUGGCUAGGGCACUGUAAUUUGAUACAAACUUCCGGUAGUACCCUGCGGUAUCCAGGAAGGCUAACACUUGGGUUUUUGUCCGGUGGGUAGGCCACUUAGCUAGAGCCUCUAUUUUGGCGGCUUUCGGUUUUUGCUGCCCACUCCCUACCCUGUGACCAAGGUACUGUACCUCUGCCAUCCCUAUGUGACACUUGCUGGGUUUUAGCGUCAACCCUGCCUCUCCAAUACAGUCAGUGACAGCUCCAAUAUGUCGCAGAUAGUCUGUCCACGUCUGGCUAUAGAUGGCGAUAUCAUCCAGGUAUGCACAUGCAUACUCCUGGAACCCAUCCAGUAGCCGAUCUACCAUCGUUUGAAAAGUAGCCGGAGCGUUUUUCAUCCCGAAUGGCAUGACUUGAAACUGGUACAGGCCAAACGGGGUGACAAACGCCGACUUGGGGAUGGCAUCCUUGGCUAAAGGAAUCUGCCAGUACCCCUUGCACAAUUCAAUCGAAGUGAGGUACUGGCCUCGUGCCAUCUUAUCUAGCAGCUCAUCUAUCCGGGGCAUCGGGUAGGCAUCAGACACUGUUUUGUCAUUUAGCCUCCAGUAGUCAACACAGAACCGUGUUGUGCCAUCCUUCUUGGGUACUAACACUAUCGGCGAUGCCCAGGGGCUAUCGGAAUGUUCGAUAACCCCUGGCUGCAACAUCUCUUCAAUUUCUUUCCGCAUAUGUUCCCUGACUGCUUCUGGGAUACGAUAUGGGGUCUGGCGCAUUGGUAGCUAUCCUGGGGUCUCUACCCGGUGAGUGGCCAGCGGAGUGUACCCUGGUAAAUUGGAGAAGGUGGCUCCCUUAGCCGCAAUUAACUCCUGUACCUGGGCACGCUCCUGAGGACUUAGCCGCUCCCCCAGCCGAACACCCGUGGAGUUCUCUGCCUGAUCUUCUCACUCUAAUAAAUCGGGUAGCGGAAGAUUCUCCUGAUCCUCAGAGGCUGACGCGCAUAUAGCUGCCACGUCCUCUACCCUCUCAUGGUAAGGUUUGAGCAUAUUCAAGUGGAGCAUGCGUCUCUUCCCUACCCCUGAGCAUGGGCCAAUCACAUAAGUGUUGUCACAUCUCUGUUCCACCACUUGGUAUGGACCCUGCCAGGUGGCCUGCAGCUUGUCAUUGCGGACAGGUUUUAAAAUCAAAACUUUCUGUCCCACCUGAAAGCUGCGGUCCCUGGCUCCCCUGUCAUACCAUCGGCGCUGGCGUUGUUGGGCCGCUUGGAGGUUGAUCCGUAUGGUCUGGGUUAGUGCCUCCAAGCGGCCCCUGAAUUCCAGCAUAUACGGUACAAUGGGUAUCCCAUCUGCACUGCUUUCCCCUUCCCAAUGCUCUCUAAUUAAAUUUAGGGGUCCUCUCACCCUCCUCCUAAACAGCAAUUCAAAGGGGGAGAACUCGGUGGACUCUUGAGGUACCUCUCGGUAAGCGAACAGCAGAUGGGGUAAAAAUCUCUCCCAGUCCUUAUGGGCUUCUCCAAAUGUACGGAGCAUCCGAUUUAAAGUUCCAUUGAACCUUUCACAUAACCCAUUAGACUGAGGGUGGUAUGCAGAAUUCACAAUAGGCUUAAUGCCACAUAUUUUCCAGAGUUGGUGGGUCUCUUCGGCUGUGAACUGCAUACCCCUAUCGGAGAUUAUCUCCUGGGGGAACCCCACCCGGGAAAAGAGUUUCAUUAAGGCUUCUGCCACUGUCUCUGUGUGAAUAUUAGAGAGGGCCACUGCCUCUGGGUACCGGGUGGCGUAAUCCACCACGGUUAAGAUGUACUUCUUGCCAGAUGGACUGGGUUUGGGUAAGGGUCCUAUUAUGUCUACGGCCACUCUACUAAACGGCUCCUCUAUAAUGGGUAGUGGACAUAAUUUGGCCUUGUGUAGGUCACCCCUUUUGCCUACUCUCUGACAAAUGUCACACGUCUGGCAGUAUUGUCUGACAUCUUUAGAUAUAACUGGCCAGAAGAAUGCAUGGAUCAGUCAGUAUCUUGGCUUUACCUGCCUGGUGAUUGAAGCAACAGUAGAUUCUGCUCUGGAGGGUAAAUCCUGCGGUCUGUGUGCCAUCACAUACUCCUGCACAUCUGCCAUCAGUACCGUCAGCAUUUCCAGAGAUACUGACUGGGGUAAGAAUUCCAGCCUGGUUUUCAUCUCUUUCUGGAAUGGGGUCUCUUCCAUGUCGGGUGUAGGAUUAGCACUGCGAGCUCUGUCUCCCUCAAUCAGUUCGGCAAUAAGUAGAGCUUUCGACUUAUUGCUGGCUAUCUUACCCCUGGCUUCCAAUAGCUCUUUCAGCGGAGCUGCAAUAUUAAAUCCCAAUAUCUCCGCUGGUAGACAAAAAUAAUCCAAGGAAAGCGCUGAAAGAAGGCAAUAUCCCAAAUCCCCCAGUAACCGGACGAAACACAGUUCUGGGAGUCAACUUUUUAUUCACAAGCUCCAGUAUUUAUGCGAUUCCCUGUGCAAGCGGUUCCGUUACAAACCAGUCACACAAAAAACGACUGGUUGCGUUACAUUGCUGUUUAUAAUGCCAUGUAUUAUUACAACUCCAGGUAUACUGCCAUAGCUAGUACUGUAAUUAGGCAUUGUACCCUGCGUGGUAUAUUUAUUUACAGUAAAAUAGUUAUUUACAGAUGGGGUUAAGGGGAGCUUUGCCUUGCUGAGAAUCAUGUGACUUACAUAUCAUGUUACCAUGAAGAAAGGUAGUUCGAACCCCUCAACACCCAACUUUAGACGACUAACACUGUGUAAUUCCAAGUCCUUAGAUUAAUGUGCCAAAGAGUCUCUCUUGCUCUGCCUGCCAGUCAAUUUCUUGGGAUAGAGAGGUCUGUCCCUAAAAAUUGAUUGACAGGUGGAUAAGGAACUUAUUUUUAAUUACAUUUUUUACACAGUACAUUUCCGCUAGCACAAUGUAUAGAUGAAAUAUAACUUACUAUUAAAUAAAGAGGUACAUUUUAAGGGUGUUACCUGCCUUUGAUAUUUCCAAUACUUUUAAAUGACUUGAAAAUCAAGUUUUAAAGUAAUGUUUAACAAUAUUUUUCCUACUCCUAUAGUUUUCUCUCACCAGUCUGUGUAUUUUUUUUUUUCCCUCCUAGGUGUCAGUGGGAAUUGGAUAGAAAUUGCUUAUGGCACAAGCUCAGGAGCUGUGAGAGUGAUUGUUCAGCAUCCAGAGACAGUCGGCUCUGGCCCACAGCUUUUCCAGACAUUUACAGUUCAUCGAAGCCCUGUAACAAAGAUCAUGUUAUCGGAAAAACAUCUUGUGUCAGGUCUGAUUGAUAACAGUUUAACAUAUUGUUUAUAAUUUCAACCAUCGUUGCUCCAAUACUUUGUGGAAUUUGAGGGUGGUUUUAUUAUACAAUCAACUACUAGAUAAAUGCAGACAAAAUUGUAUGUGUGACGCAAUUAACAUAUCACAUACCCUUGGUUAACAUGGUGAAUGCCCAACAUUUAGAAGCCUCUGUCUGUUAUAUUUUUGCAUUAAAGCAGCACUGUCACCCCUCCUGAAAAAUUUGUAUCUCAUUAAGAUAAAAUCUUUAUGAAAUGCUCAUUUUGACUCUGUUGGACUUUUACUGUAAUUUCCAACCCAGUCAAGAGAUAUACUGAGUCAAAGUAGUUACUUUGGAGUUCCAUUUAGGAGUUAAAUCACUUUUGUUUCUGGUUAUGCAGCACUAGCCACACCUUCCAUGGUUGUGACUUGCACAACCUGAAUGAAAAAACAUGGUUUCAUUUUAAUCAGAUGUUAACUUCCUUAUUCUUAAUUUUAUCACCCAAUCUUUAAAUUUAACUGUAUUCACACAGAAGGCUUUUGCAAGGUCUAGAAAGUUUUUUUAAAGAGCAGAAGAUAUACAAUUCUAAAUUAAACAGAAUUUACAAAAAAGAAAGUGUAAACUUUUAGAUGACUCUUUACAGUAAGUGUUUAGGAGGGACUUGCAAGUUGCAUGCAGGGAGGUGUGACUAGGGAUGCGUAAACAAAGUGAUUUAACUCCUAAAUGGCAGAUAAUUGAGCAGUGAGACUGCAGAGGCAUGAUAUAUACACCAAAACUGCUUCAUUAAGCUAAAAUUGUUUUGGUGACUAUAGUGUCCCAUUAAACAAACUUUGACAGAUCAAGAAUGAGUAUUCAAUUAAAUAUAUAAGCUGCUCUGUGACCCAGUUAUAAGAGAGAUUUCUAAAACCUGCAAGUCAACAUAUUGAUCACAAGUUAUGUUAAAUAUCAGCUUGUAAUUCCAUACAAAAUGAGCUGAAUUUUUGUUGUAAGAUUCCAUUUGUUGUUUCAAGUGUCUAUUUAUGAAGCAUAGAAUUUACUUUACAAAUUCAUCCACUUUGGCAAAUUUUUUCCAAAGAUUUUUCAAUUAAACAGGUACAAUUUCACUAUAUUGUCUGUUAGAAUCAUGCUAGAUAAACAGCCCCCAAAUCAUAUCAGCCACAAAAUGUACCUGGUAUUAAAAUAAAUAAAUACAACAGAAAACAAUACUACUAAGGUAAAAGAAGGGUUGUAUUAUUAUUUAGGGCGGCUUGGGAUUGGGGGGAUUUGGGCUAGGUGCAGUUUCCCUAAAUCAUUAUCAGUGGAUUUGGAUCAAACUAAAUAAGAGGAAUUGGUUACAGUCUGAGUCUUUGUGAAUAGCUACAAUAGCAAAUGUGACAGAUUUUUAACAAUUAACUGAUUGAACGCAAACUAGUAGUGCAAGUAAGGCUGAAGUAACGCAAUUUGCCUUUUGUGAAUAGCUGGUGUUUCACGUUUCAAACUUUUGUUUGAAACAGCUGAGUUUGAACAGCCAAAUGCCAUUGUGCUGAGUAUAUAGAUCUAAUUCUCUUUUAUUGUACUGUAAAGUUUUGACAUGAUUUAAGCAAUGUUAAUUUACAUAGUGGAUGCAUUUGUUAUUCUUUGAUCCUACAGUUUGCGCUGAUAAUAAUCACGUCAGGACAUGGACAGUAACACGCUUUAGAGGAAUGAUAUCGACACAGCCAGGCUCAACACCUCUCGCGUCAUUCAAAAUCUUGUCCUUAGAAGAAACUGAAAGCCAUGGAAGCUAUUCAUCUGGAAAUGACAUAGGUAACAUGUUAGUUUCUCUCAAAAUGUUACCCUGUGAGUUAUAUUACUCUGAAGCGCUGUUUUACCUGCUUCUAUUUUUACCUAUUUAUUUGCCAGUUCCCAGCUUCUUUCUAUUUCCAUAUUUUCCUAUCAUUGAUAACUUUAUCUACUUCACAGGUCCUUUUGGAGAAAGGGAUGAUCAGCAAGUAUUUAUCCAAAAAGUUGUCCCAAUAACAAACAAAUUAUUUGUAAGACUCUCUUCUACUGGAAAAAGGUAACUGUAGAUAUUUUUUUUUCCCCACCCCCAGAUAUCCUUAUUUUAAAAAGGAGACUGAACGCUAGCCACAGCUAGCUACAUAGUAUGAGCAUAUACCAUUAUAUCGGCAUAUUCUUUCAUCUCCUGUUGCGAAUAGUUGUGUUGAGAAUAAGGGAGAAUUGCUUUAGUAGAUUUUUUUGAUUCCCACUGGUAUAGCAUAUAUCUACGUACAUUUCCAACAUGUGUACUAAGCAUAUGAUAUUGCGUAUUAACUCGACUCCGUUUUGUCGCUAUCCUUUAAAUAAAUUACUAGCCUUAGCCCAGUAUUGUAAUUUAACAACAUUUGCAGUGACAAAGUUAGUUACCACUGGAGUUAAAUUUACACAAAAAUUAAUAAGUGCAAUUUGAAUAUUGUAUAAUUAAACUCAGUUUGUAUAUCUGCAUCUGCAUGCAUCAGGAAGUGGCUCAAUUAUUAGGCAGUUCUGCUCCUCCAGUUGUCUUCACGGAGAUGUUAUAUCCAUGUCUUAAAACCUGUCCAUAUGUAGCACCAAAACAGUUCUGUAUGGGAAUAAGUUAUAGCCAUUGGAACUUGGCCAUCUUGGAUUUCCCUUUUGCCCAGCGGUGUUUGGCCGUUGAGUGCCUGGAACUAAAAUCGGCUACUCGACGGCAUGUACACCGCUGGACUUCCAAGCCGUUCGGAAGCGACCGCCGGUCUUUCGGUACUUUUUCCCCUAUGGUGUAUUCGGGACUUUUAUGAUGAAUGUAUAUUAAAGUGUGUUUUUGUGCGGUGUUCAGUUAUUUAUGCUGGGAUCUGAGCGGUACUUUCACAAAGUGUGCGCUCAGACCCCAGCUAUCUGCCGAACGGUCAUUCGGUACAAUAGCACAAAUAAAAUAUAACUUACUGAUUUUUGUGUGAAAAGACGGUUCUGCUGUAUGGAAGGAUAAUCCACUUAACAGGAUAUUCUCAUGGGAGUAUCCCUCUCGUACAGCAGUGCAUGGUGGGAGAAAUGUUCUAUAUGUUAAGUUCCCCAUGUAGUCCCCUACUGUACAACCCCUGCAAAGUAAUUAAGGAAACCCCUUGCAUGCGGAACCACAUAAAUACUGGAGCUUGUGAAUAAAAUCGUCAGUUGACUCCCAGAACUGUGUUUCGUCCGGUUACUGGGGGAUUUGGAAUAUUGCCUUCAUUUUCAGAGCUUUACUUGGAUUACUUUCUGUACCAGCAGAGAUAUUGGGAUUUAACAUUGCAGCUCCGCUACAGUAUAGAUAAUAAUUGAGAUAAUAACUCAAUAGAAUGUGAGUGGAUCUUAUACAGAGCUAUUAUCUCAAUUAUUAUCUAUACCAUACUGUAUUGCACUAUUAUUGUAAUCUUUUUGUUGUUCUGAGGUCUACAGUAUUAUACCAUCUGAAGAUUUAUGUACAUAUAUUCCUUGUACAUUUAAUUCUGGGUGCGGUAUACGCUAUUUCUUUUGCUAUUUGUUCACUCAUGAGGUUUGGGAAUCCUUGUACUGUGUACUGCAGCCUACAAAAACUACCCAUUUAGUACGCUUAUCACCCCUGUUUGUGAACAUGUAAUUGACUGAUUGCAUACGCACUGGUAGAGUUCAAAAUGCAUAGGACAUUAUGGACUUGCUACUUCAUAUCAAACCCCAGCUCUUUACGCACCAAAUAUUAAAGGAACACUAUAGGGUUAGGAACACAAACCCUAAAGUGCUUAAAACACCAUCUAUCCCCCCCUCCAUCCCCCUUGCCCUUCCUAAAUAUAGUAAAAUCUUACUUUUAUUACAGUCUGUUCCUGAUCUGCCUGCUUAGCUGACAUCAGAAGUAUUGUGCCAAGCAUUGGAUUGGCUGGAAGUGUCAAGCAGGCAGAUCCGGUCCAGUGCCAGCACAAGCCAAACACAGUCCUGAACAAUCGGCAUCUUCUCAUAGAGAUGCAUUGAAUCAAUGCAUCCUUAUAAAGAAAGUUCAGUGUCUCCAUGCAGAGGGUGGAGACACUAAAUGGUAGUGCAGCACACUGUGCAGCACUGCCCCAGGAAGCACUUCUAGCAGCUAUCUGAGGAGUGGCCAGUGGCGGUAUCCCUAGGCUGUAAUGUAAACACUGCCUUUUCUCUGAAAAGACAGUGUUUACUGCAUAAAGCUUGAAGGGAAUUAUUCUACUCAACAGAACAAAUAAAAUAAACUGUAGUUGUUCUGGUGACUAAAGUGUCCAUUUAAGUAAACAAUCAAACACUUAAAUUAUUCACCCUGCAGCUGGUAUUUACUAAAAUGGAGGAGAGUGCCUUAUUAGCUUUUUCAUUCUCGGAAGGACAAGUAUGCUAAAUAAAAUCUUUUUAGAAAUAGUUUGCUCUACUAUAAGCACUACAGAUAAGCAUAACUUUUUCUGUUCUAUAUUCUCACUGUAUUUUGCUGUAACUAUGACUUCUGGUCACAUCUUUUUUUCAGAAUCUGUGAAAUUCAGGCAGUCGAUUGUACUACAAUUACAUGCUUUACUGUCAGAGAAUGUGAAGGUUCUAGUAGAAUGGGUUCUCGACCACGUCGCUACCUCUUCACUGGCCAUUCGAAUGGAAGUAUUCAAAUGUGGGAUCUAACUACAGCAAUGGACAUGGUGACCAAAACAGAAGACAAAGGUAAGUAAAGUGACAGUGACAUUGUCUAUUUGAAAUUAACAUGAUGCGUAGAAAAGUGUUUUGCCUAAUUAACUUUUGUUUUUAUUUUAAGAUGUCGGUGGUCCUACAGAAGAAGAACUGCUUAAGUUACUGGAUCAGUGUGACCUCAGUGCAUCUCGCUGUGCCACACCUAACAUCAGUCCUGCCACAUCAGUAGUACACCAAAGUCGUCUUCGUGACUCUAGCUCAAGGUAAAAUCGAAAUGGCUUUUGUGCGAAUUUGCUUAUAUUGACAUUUAUGAGGGAUCACACACAUUUACUUGAAUUUCCGUAAGAAAUAUCCAUAGUUAUUUGUCUGUAAAAAUUUUACAUUUAAUGCGGCAUGUUUUAUUAAUAUGUUGGAAAUAAUCUGCAUUCCGUUGCAUCUAUUCUCCUAUCCUUGGGUGGCUUAAUUAUAGAUCUUUAGUUCUCAUUUACCACAUGUAAAUAAUGUACUGAGAUCUGCAUUUUAAUUAUCUUUGUUCGAGUUUUACUCUGGAACAACAUAUGACUAAUACACUCAAAGCAGCUUCUAACAUUUAUGUAUUGGCAAUACUACUAGCUAAAGCAGGGUAAUAAUGCAAUUAUAAUGGCAUAAGUUUUAUCAGUAUAUUGGUUGAUGCACAAAGGAACCCCCCUCCCUCUCCAUACCUGAUAUGGCAGAAAGUUAAUUACGUGGUGUUUGGCAAAUUCAUUCUAUCUAUUGUCUUAAGGAAAAAAUAGGAGUGGCGCUUUGGACGUCCUUAAGUGCAGAUAUCUAAAAUGACAAAAAUGUGAAAAUGUAAGCAAGCAAAAUAAUUAUAGUGCAAUGUUCUGUCUAAUAAGAAGCAAGUUACACUUACAUUCAGGAGCUACAAUUUAGUGCACUGGAGCUAGCACUAGCACUACAAAACGUAGGAGGGUAUGAAACAAAUUAAAGGCAAACAAUACUGUAUUUGUAAAUGGUGGGUGCAAACAAAUAUAUACACGUCUGUGAUCCCCAAAAUGGUUCCUUAUGGUAAGUGUGGAGGUGUAUAAUCCUCACUGUAUAUUAUCUUGCAAUGUCUUCAGCUUGGAUAUGAUUAACCAAACAUACGUAUGUAGUGUGCACUGUAUUGUUUAAAAAAUAAAAAAAAAUGCCCUCAAAAAUAUUUUUUAAAUAAUACAUCUUUCAUCAUGUUUUCAAAGGAUUUUUUUAUUUAAUGAAGUACAUGUAAACAAAAUGAGAAAAAACUCAUCCCUAUCUUUAGUAUAUGACAGGAUACUUCAGCCAUGGACCUUUGGUCAGGCAGUGUUUGAAAACAGACUGUUAGUCUCUAUGGUCUUCCUGCAUUGCAUUUAUAUAUGUUUGCACCUAUCAUGCACAAAUAUACUGCUCUAUAUGGUUUCCCUCCAAUUUGCUGAGAAUGUUAUAUGUAGGGAGAAGUGCAUCUCUAUCCAUGAGCAGAGAUUACACUGUUUAAACACAUAUGUUGGAGCUAGACCCUAGCUCAUGGAAGUGUGCAUGCUCUUUACUACUUAUUGCCUCUUAUUUGAAAGAAUAUAGUACACUAUCCGUUUUCCCCUUGUCUACAUCUCAGGACUUCCAAGGCACCACUCCCACUUUUACCUCAAGUCAUACUGCCACUAGCCAGAGAAGCAAGACCUCUGGCUCGGUUGUGUUGGUGCCUACUUCGCUUCACCAAUAUCCUUCUCUGCUCUUGACCAUUUGUAUUGUACACGUUGUCUAUUGGCUGUUCUCCUACAUUUCCCAUAUCUAAUUUUAUUGUUGAGGAUGUACUGUAACAACAAGAUGCCCCCAUUAAUCCUUAACUUGCAUUACACACAGACUGAUUUUUGAAUCAUCACUUUUAAACUGCAUUUAGGAAGUCAGUAAAAAUAGACAACUUCUCUGUGACUUUCAUCCUUUUUCAAGGAUUUCUUGUAAACACGUAAUAAUGGUCAUUGUUAUUGUUUCAACUAAAGAUGCUGUUUCACCUUUGGAGACAGAGAAAGGGCUUUAUGUUAUUAAUCAGCCUUUAUAUGCAUAGCACAACAUAGAUCUGUACCACAGACAGCCACAGGCAGCCUCCAUGAGCAUUCACUUGGUUCUGACAAAGAGGGGGUCGAUAGAUUGGUUUGUAUAAGGAGCCUUAGCUGUGAAUUGGAAAAUAAGUGACAGCAUUUUGCAUGGGAACAAAAUCAUUCUUGCACAAGACUAGAGCGUAAACCCUUAAGGACCAAACUUCUGGAAUAAAAGGGAAUCAUGACAUGACACACAUGUCAUGUGUCCUUAAGGGGUUAAAGGAACACUAUAGCGUUAGGAAUUCAAAUAUGUAUUCCUAACGCUAUAGAGCCCUAGUCACCUAAACAGUAAGUAGGGCCCCUUCCGCGGCAAUUAAAUAGUAACCAUUUAUUUGCUUAACUUAAUCUAACGUCAGGCUCCCUCGGCACUGGUGACCUCUCCUCCUACAUUGAUGUCAGCUCCCGAAUGGAGCCGAAUGCGCAUUCAAACCCACCUAUAGCAAAGCGUCAAAUAACUGUGAUUUACUCUGUGUAAAUUGCGGAAGCACCUCUAAUGGCUGUCAGGGAGACAGCCACUAGAGGCUGGAUUAACACUGCAGUGUAAACAUAGCAGUUUCUCUGAAACUGCUAUGUGUUCAGCUGCAGGGUUAAAAGUAGGGGGACCUGGCACCCAGACCACUUCAUUGAGCUGAAGUGGUCUGGGUGCCUAUAGUGGUCUGUGCAAGACAAUAUUAAUUUAUUAUUUUUAGAUGCAUUACAAUAUACAUGUAACAAAACUUCUUUUUUUUUUAAUUACACCAAACUCUCCUUUAUUUGUGUUUCAGUUUACAACUUCACCAUGAAACAAUUCAUGAACCUGCAACCUAUGGCUCCGUAAGGCCCUAUCGUGAGAGUCCACUGUUAGCCAGGGCAAGAAGAACAGAAAGCUUUCACAGCUAUAGGGAUUUUCAUUCUUUGAGCUUUGGCAAAAACACGGUCGAGAAGGCAAUGUCAGAAAAUGGGAGUGUUUUGGUUAAAAAUGAAGCAAAACAGUCUGAUUGGGAAAGCAGCUCCCUUGAUAAAAAGGGUGGAACAACGAUAAGAGCCAGCAAAGUUCUAGAAGGCAUUAUGGAUGCUUGUAAAAUACAGGAAAACACAGAUGUCCGGAAAAAAUCUGUAGAUGACGACAACGAAUUAAAGUCAGAAAAUAAAAAGAAAAGUGGAUUCGAUGGAGCUUUUUUGGGAAGAAGAAAAAUUUCUCAAGCACCUGUUUUAGGCUCAUCACCAAGUUCAGGGGAUGGUGGAAAUGAAUCACCCGGUACAGCAUCACCAUCUCCUACUAAAUCCACCACUUCUCCACGUCGUAAAAAAAGUGACUCCUCCUGCCAAGACUAUGCCUUGUGAAAAUGGCAAUUUAAAAUGCUUAUUAGCUUUUCUAGCAUGUCCAUAAACAAUCUCAAAACACGCUGGAAUUUAAUAUUUGUUUGGCUGCUUAUCUGUACAACCAGAUUUUAAAGAAACAGAGUUUUUUUUUUUGCCCUUGCUAAUGACUUGAGCAUACAAGCAAAAACACUAUUUAUUUUGGAAAUGUAGAAAGAUUGUGUACAAACUGCUCCUUGUUUUGUAAUAUAGGAAAACCAAAGGAGUUUUACCAUCUAUGCAGAUUUUCUGCAAAUAUACAUUUUAUAAAUUAUACAUUUUUUUUAAUUCUUAAUUGUUUACAUAUGCAAGUAAUAACUUAUCGAUUUAUCAAAAGUUUAUUUAUCCUAUACUGAGCACUGAUACAGUAAAUAGACAUAUCCUAAAUAUUUAAUUUUAUAGAAACAUGGCAUAAUUUGCACGAGGCAGAGUAGUUUGCAUAUAUGUGUCUGUAUAUAUACAGUGUUUGAAUUGAAACAAAAAUAUAUAUAAAUGUAUGAAAAUAUUGCACUUGGGUAAUGUAAAGACUGACUUCUCCAAUAUAACUUUUGGAUAAAAAAAAUUUUGCAUUAACUUAUAGCAUUUCAUUUUUUCCAGAUUGGGGGAAGAAAAUAAAGUAAUGCUAGUAAAUGCAUUGUAUGGAUAAAACUGACAUAUCGUUCCAUUUGUGUGGUUUGUUUGUUUUUUUAAGAGCACUAUGCUGUAAUGUAAUUUUAAACAAUCUAAUAAUGUUAUAUUAAAAUAUAUAUACAUUUAGAAAAUAUUCAGGUUUUUCCUCUUUGGUUUGACUUCUUCAUUAUCUUGUUUGGAGUUGCUAAAAAGUAGUCUUUUUUUAAGUUGGUUAUUUUUAACUAGGAGUUCAAAAACAGGCGUAAUCCUUUGAGAUCUAAAAAUUGUGGACAGAGGUUGGUAUUUCUUUAUUCAAUAAAUCUGCUUGACUUGAAAUUAUUAAAAUGCAGUUUUUCUUUUGUUUUUUUCCCCUGUCUGCUGCUGCUUAGUACAAUAGGAGAGUAGUCCCUAAAGUUCCCCUUUUUUUGUUUUUUGCAUACCUAUAUAAAUCCAUAGCUGACUCCCUGAGCUUGCUCACUUGGAGUUGCUUGAAAGUAGUCUCUUACUACUUAAAGCCUAUACCAUCGUGCAGUGCAGGGCUUUAAUCAUACAAUAAAAAUACCUUCAGAG